AUGGUGUUCUGGACACAGCUUGGUUUGCUGCUAUGGAAAAAUUUCACCUAUAGGAGAAGGCAAACGGUAAGAUCCCACACUAUUGCUUGGUUUUCACAAAGUAGGUAAGGGUACUGGUUGCUUGGUUCCCAAUACAGGGCCUUCUUAUAAAACCAUUUUUUUAUUUUUUUGUGCCAAACAGUAAACACAGAGUGGUUACUCACAUGUGCAAAUCUCCCAUUGAUCUGGGUAGUCUUUUCGAUAAAAACAGCUCCAGGAUUUGUAUAGUGGCUUUGAUGUUCUAUUGAUCUGAAGAUAAGUAAUCUGUUAGUUGGAUCUUACGAUGCCCUGAAGAAGUCAUGGAAAGGCUUUUUGAUCUCUUGGAGGUUCUCGUUAACAGAAGAAGUGGGAGGUAAUGUUUGGUGAUCCUUCCUCUGUAUAGCUACCACCUUCCACACUGUUGCAGAGAAUAUGGAGCAAUUUCUUUUGGACAUGGGAGGGUGGGGGAUUCUAUGAAAAAUGCCCCCUCUCCUCUGCUAGUUCGUGCCUAAGCAGAGAACAAGGCAGGCUUAUGCUGCUUUUAUUUACAAUGCUGCCACCAAAAACUUCGUAGAGAGAUAUCUUAAUUAAAAAAAUAGGUGCACACCCAGCAAAGACAUUGUAUGAAGAGGUACAUAUAUUGUGUAAAAUCAGUUGACUCCUCCCAUUAGUGGAUUAAUCUAGGUAAACCUGGGGGAAUCCCCGUUUCUCUGGCUGCUGAUUUGGCCUCAGCAUUUGGAAGCUGAUACAUACACAUAUACACCUCAGGAUACUUUUGGGUCAAAGCAUGUGUGUCCUCAGGCUGAAGAAACUGUAGAUUAAGGAGCACAUGCUGUGAUCACCUGAGCUUUCCCACCCUGCAGGUUAGCAGGACACCCAAUGCUGACCCCUCUCAUGGACAAUGCUUGAUAAUUCCUUAAUUCGUACAAGAACUCAGCAGAGGUACCCAGUGGGGUAGCGUUGCCGUAGAACCAAAAGAACAAUAAGAGCUUACGCAAAGAGUUUACAUUAUGUUAAAUUUAUCAAUGGAGGAAAGAUAGUGUCAUCAACAGUUGCUGCUGUUGAGAAUGAGUUUAUUUUAUAAGCCUUUUCUUCUCUCUGUGCUCAGGGGGGUCUAUGCAGCUCUGAAAGCCACUUCAUGCCUCAAACAAUGUGGGCAUCAGCACACCAGAGCUUCUGCCACAAUACAUUUGUGAGACUUUAAGGUGCCACUGGUCUUGACUUUUGCUUGCUUGCUUGCUUGAGCUAUUCCUGAUUGUAUACUGUGUUCAUAUUGCAAGGACAGGGACUGGACUUUUAAACCCCACACAGCUACCUGUUUGGAACUCAUCCCAAAGAUGGAGGAACUCUACCAGUAUAUAAUUUACACCAGGUGUUGGGAGCCUUUGGCCUUCCAGAUGUAACAGCUCCCACCACCCCUGGCCGUUGGCUGUGUUUGCUGAGGCUGAUGGGAGUUGUAGAUCAGCAACAUCUUGAGGGCCAAAGGCUCACCACACCUGCUUAGUGAGGUCACCGAUGCUUGCAUAUGCAUCAUGCCCAUACAGAGAUGACACAAACACUGUCUGUGAGCGAGACUACCAUCUUUGAUAAUUUUCCUGGUGGUUGGGGAUUAACAGGGGUGGCUAGAGCUUUGGCCAACCAAAAAAGAAUUGUACAGGUGUACCGCUACUUAUACUAGGGUUGUCAUAUUUCAAAAAGUUGAGUUGUUGGUUUUUUGCAACAUCUCCCCCCCCCAUCAAGUUUUUUAGCUGUUUUUUAGGAAAUCAGGCACUUUGACUAAUUUUCAAAAAUUCCACCCAAACGCCGUUUUUGGCAGACGAAUCCCGGCUAUGUCUGGGAAAUUCUGGACGUAUGGCAGCCCUAACUUACGCACAAUUGACUCGCGCACGAAGCACCAGGAAAUAAAUAAUUUGGUUCAAACCUUGAAAUGGCGGGAGAGAGCUAGUGAGUCCUCAUGGCUCAUGAGGAGACCCUCCCCGGAACCCAAAGAGGACUUCAGCGAGGGCGGAAGAAGCUUUGAAGAGACCGAAGACGCAGCAGGGCUUUGUUUAGGCUGCUCGGCCUCCCCGCCUAACAGCUGAUGCGUGUGGUAGCACAGCAGCCAAAGCUGCUUUUCUGCACAUCCUUCAGCCUCCAGCCAGUCCCAGAGCUUCAAUUCUAGUUGUGGAUAUUUUGGGGUGCAGUGUUUUUUGGUCUGGAUUGGAGAGAGAGCAGCAGAGAGUGUGUUUAAAGAGUGUUUAGAGGGUGUUCCCCACUUAACAGUUUUUGCUUAUGCAUGCAGGGCCCAAAACGUAACCCCCCUUGUAAGUGAGGGGACGCCUAUAUCAGCAGUCCCCUGGUGGAUUGCAGUCAAUAUCCUGCCCCUUGCUACAUCUAGCACGGUUUGCAUCAGCUUCGUAGAUAGCUGGCUGCUUUCAAAUGCAUAAAUGAAGAGGAAGAGAUGCUGAACAAGGAGGCGAGUGCGUGUGUAUUUGCUCAGCUCUCGCCCCUGAAGUUGCUUUUUCCUCCCACAGGGUUCAGCCAGGAUAUACUUUGUCCUGGCUGCCUUCCAGCAGCACAAAUGUAACUCUUGCUCUGCACACGUCAAGCUGAGCUUUGUACCCGGCUUUCGCAAUGCUUGUUUCAGCUGCCGCCGCUGCUGCUGCUUGGAAAACUGGUGGAGAAGGGAAAUGCAGCCCAAGCUAUUUACGGGACGAGCUCUUGCGGGAAAAGAAUCUUUCACCAAAAAGGAAAAGAAACCCACCCACUCCCCCUGUAAGGUUGAAGCACACAUCUCUUUAGGUGUGUAUAAAGUGAGCUAUCCCAAAUUGCAACAUCGUUAGUUGCAGAAGAAUUAGAAUUUUAGCAUUUAUAUAGAAAAUAUUAAUUUAAAUAUAUUGCAAAUAUGAAUUAAUGUUUGUAGAAUCCUUGUAAGGGAGGCCAGCAUUAUUGCCUGCUUAAUGUAGAUACGAGUAGUAUGAGGAGUUGAAAUAAAAGACGAUUGCUCAAGAUUACUUACUGAGAUGGUAUGCGCACUCUGAGCCAUUGAACUGCACCUUCGCAGCAGAUACAUAGCCUGGCUAGGUGUUUUCAUUUCCCCCCUUUUUAAAGACUCUAACCAAUUUUCUGAAAAGAACAGCAAUAAGCAAUUUUCUCUCUCAAUUCCAAUAGAAUCUGUUUUUUUUGUGGGGGUGGGGGACGCAGCAAAACAGAGUAUUUCAUAAGGAACAACAGGAUUGAUAUACAUCUGUGGCUAUUGCUGUGUGUAUACCACUUCCCAAACCAGCAGUUGGAUGGCACUAGAUUUAGAGUACAGUGGUACCUUGGUUGUCAAACGCCUUAGUUGUCAAAUGAAUCAGCUCCUGAAUGUUGCAAGCCUGGGAGCAAGUGUUCCAGUUUGCGAACGUUUUUUGGAAGCCAAACGUCCAACGCAACUUCAGCGGCUUAUAAUUGAGUGCAGGAAGCUCCUGCAGCCAAUCGGAAGCAAUUCAAGAACCAAGGUACCACGGCAAACUCGAAAAAACGUGUUUCCUUCAAUUUGCCUUGUGGCACAAUCCAUGGAAAAGGUUGUCUGCAAGUGACAUAAUACUUCAAGGGAUUUAAGACAGACUCUCCAGGUUCAGAUUCCAGAUUUGGGGGAGAUGGGCCAUUUCUGGGCCACCUAAAAUGGUCCAAAAGGAUAUCGAAUUUGAAUUCGCCAGCCUUCAGUUUUUAUAUGCCUAGUUGUCAAAUGAAUCAGCUCCUGAAUGUUGCAAGCCUGGGAGCGAGUGUUUCAGUUUGCGAAUGUUCUUUACGAACGUUUUGCGAAUCUUACCAUUCUACUUGUUUUAUGUUGCGUUCUUAUUUUAAUGAUACUGUUUUUUGUUUGGCUGUUGUACACUGCUUAGAUAUAUAAAGAAAUAUUAAGCGGUUUGCAAAUGCUGCUAUAUAUUUUUUUUAUUAUUAUUGCCUCCCAGCUUGACCACACCUCUCCUAGUGCAAGUUGGGCUCUUUCCCAACCACUUGAAUGAUCCCUCUUUCCCUGACUGACCACGUGGGUGAUUCUUUGAGGGUGGUAGUGAGGAGGACCCAACAUCAGCCACACAAACGUCUCAACCUUACAGUUUUAAUCUGGGAAGCAUAUGGAUUAACCUCUGAACAUCCACCAGGCAUCUGAGCCAUUAGUCCAGCUUUUCCAGACUAAUUUUGUAUUGGACCAAGAUAGGUCCAUCCACCAUUAGCUUUGGCUAUGAUUUUUUUUAACAGACAGCAUGAAUCUGCAUUAUAUUUAAGCACUGUUAAGUUUCACUGCUGUGGGAGCAAGGAAUGCUACCACAUUAAAGUCAUUUUUAUUAUUUAUGCAUUUGUUAUCAUUAUAUCUCCCCUUUUUCCCAUGGAGACCUAGGUGUGAGAACUGCUAGGUUUGAUAGAUAGAUAGGUAGAUAGAUCCCACUGAGUAUUUGGUUAUCUGAUUUUCAGAUAAGAAAAGGUUUAGAAAAGGGAAAUAAAAGAUCCCCAGAAGUAAAAUAUAGUCAAACCUUGGUUGUCGACUGUAAUCCAUUCCAGAAGCCCAUUCAGCUUCCGAAAUGUUGGCAACCAACGCAUGGCUUCUGAUUGGUUGCAGGAGCUUCCUGCCCUCAAGUGGAAGCCUCAUUGGAUACUUGGCUUCCAAAAAACGUUGAAAAAAUGGAGCAUUUGCUUUCAGGUUUUCAGCGUUCGGGAGCCGAAACGUUCCCGAACGGAGGAGUUCGGGAGCCGAGGUUUGACUGUAACAAAAAGAGAGGUCUAGCGUGCUAUGACAUGACACAUCUAUUAAAGGCGCCUGAGCUCUGCCUUUUGCUGCCCGCUCACCCCGCCAUAGAGCCUCCCAUCCGAAUGCUGGCCAGACCAGACUUGCUUAGCUUCAGCAAAAUUUUCUGUACCUUGUGACUUCAGGCCAUGACAUGGAAAUUGCUCUGUUGGUCCUACCGUGUUUGGGGGGAAGGUGUGGGGUUUAUUUACAGUUUAGAUUUAGCUGCGUUACAGUAACACCCCCAGUCCUUCUUCAUGCCUUGGCCCUAUGUUAAAUGUCAGUUGCCUAAUUUUAGAUACAUGUUGAUGCCGCUACGAAUGCUCUAAACAGCACUCCUGCACUGACAUGUAAAACAUUAUAUAUAUGACAGUUGGCAGUGACUGUGUGGAUAAGUAUAUUGUUACGCUCUCCCAACUGUUUUCCAAGUGGUGCGAAGUUCCAGGACUGCAGUGACCUUACUCAGGUUUGGUUCAUUGGAGGCUUCUUAGAAUUUUGUGAUUUCUGUGCCUAUUUACAUAUAUACACAUUGACCAAAGGAGGAGUCACACCUUCAAUUCUCCAACAGGCACCCAAAGUCCACUGCUCCUGCGUCAGGUUUCUGCUCCAGGGAGACAGCACCCCAAAAACACAUUCCAACUUAGAUGACAGUUUACCCCGUCGUUUGCUUCACAGAUUACACCAUUCUUGGUCCCCAACAAUUUCCUAGCCAUUCUUGGCCCAUUUACCCUGCAGUUUUCCCAGCAAAGGAGAUUUUUUUGACAACUUUCCUUUGAUUAUUAAGUCAGCUUCCAGCCCUAUCUGAUAGUUCCAUUGAACCUCCCUUGUCCAAGCUACCAAUCCCACAACACUAUGAAGUAUUUCCCUGGAGGUUUAUGGAUUUAAUUUUUUCUGCGGCAACUGUAUUUUUGUGAGAAAAUAACCACAUAUGCUGUGGUGGGUUGAAAAGCUUGUGGAUAUGAUCAGAGAAAACACUAUGUAAUUUUUAUCCUGUGUUUUCAUGAGAUACGUAAAUUCCAAAAAGCAGCCCAUGCAUCAGUGGCCCAUUGACGAAGUUUUCAUGAAACACUGAAAUGCGGUAUCUUCUUCAGAAGUCUUAUUACGCUGACAUAAAGACACAACUCUAAUACUGCUUGUGAAGGACUUAACCACAUUGUCCUCAGUUUCCUAUUGAUACCAAAUGUGGAUGAUUAAUAUUUUGUUUCUUCUUUCCUCUUCUCUCUUCUAGUUCCAGCUGCUGAUUGAAAUCAUUUGGCCUUUACUUAUCUUCUUUAUAUUGAUCUCUGUACGGCUAUCGUUUCCACCCUAUGAACAACAUGAAUGUAAGUAUGGAACAUGCAUAUGCUUUGCUUUAUAUUUGGUGAUGAUGAGAAGGAAGGAAGGAAGGAAGGAAGGAAGGAAGGAAGGAAGGAGAAGGGAGAGGAUUGCCUUCAUCCUCUCCCUUCUCCUGCCUGCAUGUUUGGCAUCUAUAGCACAGAUGGACCUAAGGUAGAAUGGAAGAUAAACACCUUUGCUGUGCAUUAUGGCAAAAACAAGCAAACAAAAAUGGUAGUACAAAGCUAAGCUUGAUAACUUGCAGAGGAUACUCAGUCAAAUUGGUAGAAAGACACCAAGGAUAAAUGCAACUAAACUGCCAUAUAACAGUGGCUUUCCGGGUGAUUAACAACCUGCCAUGUUUCUUCCUGUGCCAAUGGGUCAACAAAUACCAGUUGUUUUAACAAUAUUGAUAUUACUAUUUGCCUUCUGAGAAAAGAAGAUACUCUUCAUUUUAUGCAUUAAGUGCAGUUCAGUUACAUCAAACAUUUUGCCAGGUCAUGAAUACACGCAGGUGUACCUUCCUCCCCCUAUACCAAGAUCUGGGGCUGUUCAGAGAAACCUUGAUUGCAGGUGACUGUGACCUCUUUAGGUCUGCUUAGGAAUUUAAGGGACAGAACUGUUAUCUAAUGUUCCAACGUUCUUUGGUGUUUUUUCAACAUGAGCUUUGGAUAGCUUACCGUAUAAUAUUGCGACAGCAGCCGAGCUGUAGGUGCGUAGCUUUUUAAACCACUGGAUAUUUUAAAUAUGGCUCGGUUAACGAUUUUUAAAGUGAUUCAACAACGGGAAUUUUUUCGGGCAUCAAUUCUAGACACACCUAUUUGGGAGUGAGUAGUUUUAAGGAAAAUUGAAAGAGAUCAUUCCCCAAGGUAUACAAGCACAUUUUGUGUGUCCACUGUAAUUGCUGUUCAAAAAAUUUCUGAAGGUUUUUGAAAGUUCUCUGGGUAUUUUCCUGUUGUUGUUUGCUAGCUGUAAACUCUUUGCAUACAUUAGAAACCUCUGUGAUAGAGAGAUGCAUCUUCUCUCAUGGUGGACACGGAAUAAUAUUUUUUUGAGGGGUGGAGACACACUGAGGACAAAGGUUUUUCAAAAGGAGAGAAAGCAACUUGAUGGCCUAAUAUGUACAUUCCUAAGUUUUGUCCUUGUGUUUCAGGUCAUUUUCCAAACAAGGCCAUGCCUUCAGCUGGAACAUUGCCAUGGGUCCAAGGGAUUAUUUGCAAUGCCAACAAUCCCUGCUUCCGCUACCCAACUCCUGGAGAGUCACCGGGCAUUGUUGGAAAUUUUAACAAAUCUAUGUGAGUACCAUAUCUUCCUUUAUGAAUCUCUUGCCCAGGGAGUAGUGAAGGGACAAGUAUGAAGAACGGAAUGGAGGCAAAACGGCUUUGCACUGGUCUGCAUUAUAAAAGGUGCUGGCUGUUCUUUUUUUUGGCACCCCUGCAAGAAGCCUUUGUAGAAAAGUACACUUGGUUCUGAGAUAGUGGCUGUGCUUGGCAGGGCGAAUGUUGGGGCGGAACAUACAGGGCAGUGAAUCGGGAAAAAAUUCAUCCAAGGCAAAACUUUGCAGGUAGGAAGCAGUAGGAAAAGUGGAUUAAAGGGGAGGGCAAAACUGCAGCUCUUUAGGACCUUAAGGUAAAGGUAAAGGGACCCCUGACCAUUAGGUCCAGUCGUGGCCGACUCUGGGGUUGCGGUGCUCAUCUCGCUUUAUUGGCCGAGGGAGCCAGCGUACAGCUUCCGGGUCAUGUGGCCAGCAUGACUAAGCCGCUUCUGGCGAACCAGAGCAGCGCACAGAAACCUUAGCAGUUCCUAUAAUUCUGACUUCACUCAUUAGAUAAGAUCACAGACAUGGAGGAGCAGCUAGGCUUGCUCAGCACGCAGAAAUCACUUGGAAGGAUACCUGCACAGUUUGCUUCAUAACUUUCUUUCUACAACGGAUAGAGAUGUACAUUUUUAAAAUGAAAGCUGAGAGUCUGGGGUCCUUAUGUGAGAGCCAGUGUGGUGUAGUGGUUAAGAGCAGUAGUCUCGUAAUCUGGGGAACUGGGUUCGCAUCUCCGCUCCUCCACAUGCAGCUGCUGGGUGACCUUGGGCUAGUCACACUUCUUUGAAGUCUCUCAGCCCCACUCACCUCACAGAGUGUUUGUUGUGGGGAAGGAAGAGAAAGGAGAAUGUUAGCUGCUUUGAGACUCCUUCGGGUAGUGAUAAAGCGGGAUAUCAAAUCCACUAAUGAAGGCCUUCUUGGCAAUCCUAAAUUAUUCAAGUACAUUUUUGACUAGUACAAAUGAGGAUGGUCCUGUUUCUCGCUUGAUCCUGUUGGGAUCAGAUAACUCUGCUCUGUCUUAGCAUGCUUAUUGCAUCUGAGGAGCGAAUGACCAGCUGCCCUUUGCUCUGGAACUGUGACCAACUUCUCUAAUCAUGUGUCAAAGUUGCAACACCUUCUGAGGCCCUGAUCCCAAGAGGAAAUGGGAAGCAUGUUGCCACAGCUGGAGUUUUUGAUGGAAAAGAAUAAAGCAUUGAUAUGAGCAGCUGGUCAAAAAAAAUAAAUACCAAAAUUUCAUUGGCGAAGGGAGAAAAUGCAAAUAGCACAUCCAGCCACUAAUUAACACGGGACACAAUCCUGUUGGAAUGAGCGCUCACAAAACAUGGUGGUGCUGUUCACCAACCCUCAUUCGUUUUAGUGGGACUUGCAAGACAGAUCCAUGAGUCAGUUGUAAACAGGAAUGUGCAAUACAAAGAACAGAAUUUGGAGUCAAGCGAACUAUCCUUCUUUCCCCUUCUUAUAUUAUCCUAUCUUCCAUAGCGUUUCCCGCCUGUUCUCUGAUGCCAAACGAUUGCUACUGUAUAGCCAGAAAGACACCAGCAUUAAGGACGCACAGAAAGUAGCAGGGAAACUGCAGAAAGUUGGGAAGACUAUUUCAGGUAAGUGAACAAAGGAUGUGCUGUCCAUUUGGUGUUGCGUCAAUAAUCCAGAAGAUGGAAAAGGCUCACUGAUGCUUAAAUUUGCACUGGCUAACUUUGUGAGCCCCCCCCCAACCAUACCACAACAAGUAGUUCACCCCCAUCUGUCCCUACCCCAUGGCUGGACCCUUGUGUUUACCUGAAAAGUAAAGGCACUUUUCAGGUGAAAAAAUAUAACUGAAUCAGAAGCCGGGAUUUCAAAUAUAGCUGCGAUCCCGUGCAUGCUUAGUUGAAAAUCAACCCAUCAAAAUCAAUAAAAGAUCUGUUUUCAGAGAAAGUAUGUUUAAUGCUUGCAUCUUAAUGUGAAAUAUGCCAUUAUUUCUUUCAGAGAGCCCCUUCAUCCUCCCCAAAUGUGCUUGGUUUCCUGUGUGUCAGCACCUCUAUUUCAGUACUUUCCCCCAUCCUCAGCUCUCUGUGGUUUAUGUGUUUGUGGAGCCUUUACACUGAGGUGGCAAUGACUUUGUUGUUAUUUAUUGUUGUUUAUAUACAUAUACAUAUACAUAUACAUAUACAUAUACAUACACACACAUAUAUCUAUGUGUGUAUGUGUGUUUGUGUAUGCAUUCUUAUUUAUUUAUUUACUUACUUAAAGGUAAAGGGACCCCUGACCAUUAGGUCCAGUCGUGGUCAACUCUGGGGUUGCGGCGCUCCUCGUUUUAUUGGCCGAGGGAGUAGGCGUACAGCUUCCUGGUCAUGUGGCCAGCAUGACUAAGCCGCUUCUGGCAAACCAGAGCAGCUCACGGAAAUGCCAUUUACCUUCCCGCCAGAGCAGUACCUAUUUAUCUACUUGCACUUUGACGUGCUUUUGAACUGCUAGGUUGGCAGGAGCAGGGAGCUCACCCCGUCACGGGGAUUCGAUCUGCCGACCUUCUGAUCGGCAAGUCCUAGGCUCUGUGGUUUAACCCAGCGCCACCCGCGUCCCUGAUUUACUUACUUACUGCUUAUAUAGCAGACAUGGGGUGUGGCGUGCUAUGAAGGGAUCAUAUAUAUGUGGCAAAAUAGGCUUUCAGCCCCAGGACCAUUCUUUUGACCCUUCUGAGAAGAUAGGCUUGAAUCAUGCAUUAGGUCCCAUCUCUUUUACCUUCCUGUUUCUGAUACAGGAACUGGGCUGGGAGAAAUAGUGGCUACUGUCAUAUGUAAGGAAGGUGGAAGAGGAGGCUCCCUAUUGUUGUUAAACCAUCGCUUUAUAUGUGAAUGGGGAAAACACCUGAACGAUAAAUAUGUUUGCCCUCACUACAUUUCUUCCCUGCCCUGAUUUCCCAUUUCUUCACCCUCUCCUCUCAUCUUCUCCAGUGCAAGAGUUCUUCCGCAUUUCUCGUAGUUUUUAUUCAGACUUUAAAGGGAGUAUGAUUUCUUUGUAAUGCAAAACCACACUCCUUGAAAAGCUGCAAAGGAAUUUCAUUGAAGAAGAUACCUGGGCUGUAGCAUCUGUGUGCGUGUUUUUGAAUAUUUUGCCCAUGCUUGGUUGGUUCAGGUUUUAUGAGGAUGGUGCUUGUAAUCUGCUAGCUCAUGUUGAUGAUGGCUCUAAAGAAGUGAGUAAGGUAUCCAGUCAAACUGCAAAUCCUGUAGGUUGGCAGAAGACACCUAGUGAUUUUGGCAGCUAACGCCAUAAAAGCAUAUGAGUUUGAUUAAAGGGAGGAAGAAGACCUGAGGUAAUUACUUGUUGCAGGAUUAAAUGAGUAAUGAGUAUCUCUGAGCUUAAAUUUUAUUGUUAACUCUAUUUGUAAUUAUCCAUCUAUAUAAAACAGUGACAUGUAUAAAAACAAUUUUUAAAAAUUACAACAAUGCAGUUUAAAACCACAGUACACACAUAAUAUCAGCUCCAAUCCAAUUAAGAUUCCAAAUGGGAUGAGAAUUCCACUUAGACCUGUUAAAUAUGUUGAAAUGAGCUCUCCCUAACCUGCUGAGGUAUGAAAUGUAUACGAAGUUUCCAAAUUCACAUCCUUCAGAACUUUGUUUUCAUUUUAAGUAUGAGUGCUAGGAACAGAUGGGGAAGGUGUUCAAUAGAGAAGAGAGUAGCCAGCGCUAUUGAAAUGUUAGUCAACGGAUUAUUUAUUGGAAUGUUGACUAAUAAUAAUAAUAAUAAAUUUUAUUAUUUGUUCCUCGCCCACCUGACAGGGUUGCCUCAGCCACUCUUGAGUGGCUUUCAGCAUAUGCAAAAACAUAAUAAAACAUGGUGUGCAUGUGUUUGAGAGUGAUAUACAGUGCUGAAAGUGAGUACGGAAAGGAUGGUUAGGCCCAAUCUGAUUGUUUCCCUGUUUAAAAAGAAUAGCGGGGUGAUACCUUGUCUCACUUUGAGCAUUGGUGGGAUGUGAAGCAGUAUGUGUGCAUGGUUAGCAUGUGUCGGAAACACAUGUGCGUAAGAGUAUUUUGUGUGUGCGUGCAUACAACAAAAGAUGUUGCACUUCAGAGAACAAGCAUGCGCCUCCUCUUGUUCUGCAAUAGAGCUGACGUUUCCUGAAAGUCUUCUACAGAUAGAAAACACUGACAAGAGUUGAGCAAAAUAUUAAGAAACAACACUUUGCAUUUCAAGUGUAUAAGGCACUUCAUAAAAGUGAUCUCAGUAAUCCUGGCGACAGGCCAUUGCUGUUCCAUCGAUAUUGCAGAUUGACGGCUGGGCAGGGGCCUAGCUGAGGCUGAGAAAACAGUGACUUUGCUAAGGCCACACAGUGAGCGCAUGGCCGAUGCAAACUAUGAACUGUCAGCAUUUUGCAGCUCACGCUCUUCUUAACCAAUACCCUGGUGCUGGAGAAAGGAAUGGCAACAGCAGCGAAAAGUGAAAUGUAUGGUGUUAAUGCUAAUAAAAUGAAAGCUAACAAAUUGAUUGGAUAAACAAGGCCUGGGGCAAGCACAUGUUUGUUUUAUAAGGCAACUUGAGAAUGUGCAGUCGAAUGUGUAUACUUUUUUUAAAAAAAGAAGAACAUUGUGCACUGCAAUUCAGAAUGUUUGUAUGACAGACACCAUAUUGUUGGUGCGAGCUGUGGUGAACAAAAGGGUGCUUGUCCUUUAUGUUACACUCACACAGUCUCCGGGAAAAUUCGUCAGAAGCUGUUGUAGCAAUGACCUAUAGCUUCAGGGUUCUGUUGCCAGCAAAUGGAAAAGAAAGACCACGCACAGAAAUGAAAAGCACCUUUCAGGAUUAGAUGACCAUUAUUUCUAAAGCAUAAAGAGGAGGCCUUGAAAACUUGCACGCUACUUCAGGUUUUCAGUUUCCCCAAGGAGUAGGAAAUCUGAGGGCACCUUUUUACAGAGUGACUUUCCUCGUGAUGAGACAGUACAGUGGUACCUUGGGUUACAUACGCUUCAGGUUACAUACGCUUCAGGUUACAGACUCCGCUAACCCAGAAAUAGUACCUCAGGUUAAGAACUUUGCUUCAGGAUGAGAACAGAAAUCGCAGGGCAGCAGUGGGAGGCCCCAUUAGCUAAAGUGGUGCUUCAGGUUAAGAACGGUUUCAGGUUAAGAACGGACCUCCGAAACGAAUUAAGUACUUAACCCGAGGUACCACUGUACUUGACAAUGCUUUUGUAAUAUCUGUUUAUUUACGAUGGGCAGUUACCAACAUUGAAUCAGUGCUGCCCCCACCCCCCCAAAGCAACAGCAGACUCAUGCAGCUCCCCCGGGGCUGCAAAACUCAGGCAUUUUUCUUUGGCUAGAUUUGAAUGGCAAAAAUAUUUCCUUUAUCCCCCCACACUGGCAGGUGGGGUAUGAUCCAGACUCCAUUGGCUUUGAGAUGUCACCAGGAACCAUAAAGCCAUAUUAAGCUUUCGCUCCUGCAGCUAUCACAAACAUCUGGGCAGCAGGCUUUUUCUUCACUUUCCGUGUCAGAACAGUGUGUUCCAUAAUAACACCAUAAUUGCAUGCUGGGUUUUUAUUAUUUUUAUUUUUUGCAUUGCUUCAUCUGGCCCACAGUGAGACAAAACAGAUGAGAAGUUGCAGGGAUGGUACAACUGGGAGGAGAGUAGCAGGACCCUUCCACCCUUCCAAACUAUGCCCUCCCACUGCCACUUUCCAGCCAUUCUGCAGCUGCCAUGAUUGCUGCCAGUUCUCUACCUAAAGCUCUCUGGCUUGCCCCAUUUGAGCUCAUCAUAAAAUAAUAUUCUAUACUGUGGUACCUCUGGUUACGAACUUUUUUCAUUGUGGAGGCCGUUCUUAACCUGAAACCGUUCUUAACCUGAGGUACCACUUUACCUAAUGGGGCCUCCUGCUGCCACCAUGCGAUUUCUGUUCUCAUCCUGAGGUAAAGUUCUUAACCUGAGGUACUACUUCCGGGUUAGUGGAGUCUGUAACCUGAAGUGUUUGUAACCUAAGGUGUUUGUAACCUGAGGUACCACUGUACUAGAUUGGGACAUGUCAACAACUAUACCAGCACAGUGUCACAACUCCUUGCCUGCUCACCCCCACCUCCAGGUACUGUAUAUGUUUUGCUAGUCUUAUCAAAACUGUUUUGGAUUCCUCCAGAAUUCCUAGGAUCAUAGAAUCGUAGAGUUGGAAGGGACCCCAAGAUUCAUCUGCUCCAACCCCCCUGCAGGAUGUCUUGCCAAAGCAGAACUCUCCACAUUUGUUUUUGCUUUUUGGCAAAACUGUGUUGCGGGUCGAAGCUCUGAAGACCAUGUUCCCUUUCAAAGCCACUGCUUGUUCCCCUUUCAAAAUUCCUUCAGUGUUUCAAACAAGGAGAGAAUUCCCAAAUGGGACUAGGAAUGUUACUUCUUUGAAAAUUCAGGGCUGGUAUUUGCCUUGGGAAGAAAUCCCUCGCUGGCACCAACCACAGCCUUCCUCCCGAAUGCAAAUGUAAGGUUACCAGACGUCCCCAUUUCCCGGGGACAGUCCCCGUAUUUACAAAUCAGUCCCCAUACAAAAGUGUCCCCGGAUUCACUGAAAAAAUCUGGUAACCUUAAAAUAGUGGUGCCAGAGGAGGAAAGGAGAGGAAAGUUCGGUUCCUUCUCCUUUUCUGAUCCUGAUGCCUCCCCAUCCCUGCCCCCCUGUGGCUGCUAUUCUUUUUUAAAAAAAAUGAUGGUUAAAUACAAGGACACUUUAAAUAUCACAACUAGUAUGACCUUCGGUGGCCUAGUGACAUUGUUGUGGAAAGUCGUUACAAUUAUUGUUGACUCCAGAUAUUCAGGGCCUUGAGGCGUUUGUGUGCUCUCCUGAUCCUUUACUACUGAGAAGAGGUUAAAAGACCUUUGCCUCUUGAGCCUAGGAAAAAGGAAGUUGAGAGAAGAUAGGGUUGUGCUCUGCAAAUACAAUAGGAAGCAACCCUCACACAUCACUAUGUGCUUAAGUCAGCUGGACUAAAAUGUGGAUAUAUGAGGACAGGAUUGCACCUUUGCCGAAUAAAGGAAGGGCCAUGAGAGAUGGAACUUUUUUGACUUGGGCUACAAUGUAGUUGUUAAGUACAAAACCAUAUAUUUUGGAGAUUGUUAUGAACUGGAACAUCAAGAAUAGUGGAAUAAAUGUUUGGCAAGAGCCAUGGCUAAUAAGAACCAGAGCAGUGCUCAAAUGGAACUUAAUAGAUUGUUUAAGAGAUAUUAGGGUUGGUUCGUAAUUGGAGAUUAUUUGCCUGAAGAAGUCAGGAAGAAACCACCACCAGCCAGGAGAGUCUUCCUGCCUUUCCCAUAAAACAUCAGCCAUGGUGUAAAAAGGACCCAUUGGAUGGGGUGGUUUGUUUUUGAGAUAAUAUCAUUUUUUCCUCAAGCAAUUGCCUUCUGAUUAUUGCCAUCAGUUUCUGAUGCAUUUUAAUGCUUGGAGGAACAUUUUGGACAGAAUGAAUCCCUUGGGCAUAGGUUUUUUUGGGGGGAAGGGGAAUAAAUAUGUGGCUUCUUCAUUUGGGCUAUUGUAAAAAUUGCUUCUUGAGCAGAUGCUCUCUGAUCAUUCUUGUUUUCUGAGAUAACAACGUGAUAAUAGACUAAGGGUUAAUGGAGCAACCUUUAAAAUCAAGGGGAGGUUUGCAGGGGAGAAACACCAUUUGUUUCCCCCGCCAUUUAUUUAUUGUAUUAGAUUUCUUACUCGCCACUUCACAUAGGUCCCAAGUCUGGUUACAGCCAUAUAAUAUACAAUUGUGAAGCAAAUAAAACAGCUGCAACCAUAAAACAAGUCUAAAAACCUCUCCAUAUGUAAAAAAAAUACAAACAUUUAAAAACUAUUCCACACAUAAAAAUAUGCAGAUUGAAUUGCUCCCGGAACAUGGCACUCCCAAGAAAUGAAAAUAUUAUUUCUACACCAUUGUUGAGCACUGUGUUCCAAACUUUACUUGUGCCAGAUUCAUUUUGCUUCUGUGGCAUGACUUAGUGGCUUUGUUUUGAUUGAUAAUCUCAGGGCAGUGAUUCCACAUUUAGUCUAGCCAUUUCUUACAAGGACUAGAAGCCAAGCAUUUGUUAUCCGUGACUGUAUAUUGUGUCUCCGUUUGACUGAGUCACUUUUUGGGUCGGAGCCAGAAAUAAAUCUCAAGAGUGGGUGCAGUUGUAAUGCUAUUAACUGCCUGUAUCUAAAAGGUACGGCUGAGUCAAAACGUUGAUAUCAUGGCACACACAAGCUAGACUCACAAUAGGACAUAAAGGCUGCAAGGUCAGACAUCAUGCUUCCAACCUGCGCCCCUGUCAGCCAUUUGGCAAAAUUGUGUUUCUUAACCCCUGAAAGACAUGGAACUGGCAUCAGUUUCUUGAAAUUUUGCAACUUGCUUUUCCAGCAGGAAUUUCUUGCCUCUGCACUGAGCCUUAAAAGGUAAAGGACCCCUGACAGGCCGAGGGAGCCGGUGUUUGUCCGCAGACAGUUUUUCCGGAUCAUGUGGCCAGCAUGACUGAGCCACUUCUGGCAAAACCAGAGCAGCGCAUGGAAAUGUCGUUUACCUUCCCUCCAGAGUGGUACCUAUUUAUCUACUUGCAUUUUUGGCGUGCUUUCAAACUGCUAGGUUGGCAGGAGCUGGGACCGAGCAACGGGAGCUCACCCCGUUGUGGGGAUUCGAACCGCCGAUCUUCCGAUCGGCAAACCCAAGAGGUCAGUGGUUUAGACCACGUCCCUGCACUGAGCCCUACCCUUCCUCAAACUUGAGGCUAGUUCACACAGCCCUUCUGAGCUCCUUGCAGCUGAAUUAAUUGUACUGGGCCCAUGCUGACUUUUAGCUAUGCUGCUGCCAUUAACAUGGCAGUCUGCACAGAUGAGUUUUUGACAUUUCUGUUAGGGUCUCAGGGGCUUGGAAUGGGGAUCUUGGGCCAUGAUGUUGGGACUUACUGGACUUCUUGCCGUACUUGUUAAUCAUGCAAAUGGGUGUAGUUAUAACCAGAAAGCACAAGAGGCCUCUCCCGCAACGAGGUUCUGAGACUCAAGCAAUAUUCAGAUCUAAUUCUUUGUCUUCCUAUUGGAAUUUAAAUCCCCAGUAACAGAGUUUCACUGGAUUGAUCAAAACCAAACCAAGGAACAGGCGUCAAGAUACAAUGUGUUCUGAUGAGCUGUGGAACAGUAUAUUAGAGCACAGCAUAUAUGUUGUAGCCAAGUUCUCUUCCUUGGGAGCAAUUUCUCCUACCAUAAUAUCCUUCAGCACAAGAGGUAUUGUCUGAGUAGGUUCUUCCUUCAGUUAGUUGCAUCCAUAGCAAGCUUAGACUAGAGACAGCCAUUUUUAAAGAUGGAACCAAGUGAGGCAUUGGUUCCCAUAGUGUACUCUUACCCUUUCCUUGUCCUCUUUCUCAGUUUUAAAAACAGCUGUGCAAAGAGGUGACUAUCCUGAACCAGGAUAGCUCCUUCACUCAGCUCUUAACAGUAAUCUGCCUCCAGCUGAAUCUCUCUGCACAGAAGGACCUAAGUUCUGACUGACCUUGUAGCUCUCUUCAGAACUCUGCUAUCAGAACGUGCACAUGCAUUGACUCAGCUACUUUUUUUAUGGAGAGCCAAGUACGGGAAAUGUACUUCUUAUCAAUGAUGUACCUUUAUCUCCAGCUGUUAAAGUUUAUCAUGCUGAGAACACACACUGAGUAACUUUGCAAGUUAGGGGCUCUUCACCUGACAGUUUAGCUCCGAAGAACCACAAAACAAGGGUCUAAUCGGCUGAUAAUGUGUAAACAGCAUGGGAAGGGGAAUCAAUUCAAUCUUUUGCCUAUGGUGGUUUUCAGUUAUUUUGGAGGCACGAUUUGCAUGCUGUUUUAUCUGCUGCAGCUGGUGAGACUCAAUGUGAACUGUUAAGGGAUAUCAUAGGGCGUGUCAUAUGUCAAUUAUGUUCCUACAGUAUAUCUUUUGUCCAGAACUAACCCCCCCCCCCCGCUUUUUAAGAGAAGAUUGGAAAACGUUUAUUGAAUAUAUGGGGGGGGGAAUUGUGUACACUUGAAAACGUUGGCAGCAUUAAGAUAAAUUCAACAGUGUAAAUAAGUUUUGAUGGAUGCAAUAAUGGAAUACUGAAUGGUUUCGUUUAUGUAAAAUAUGCAGGGAUUUAUGAUAUGCAAAAUGAAACAUGGAAAGAGAAGAAGGGAAGUCACUGAUAUUUUAAGGUUGUUUAAAUGAGUAUUCUAAAAAGAAAUAUAUAUAUAUAUAUACGAGAGAAUGACCUUUUUUGCUUUUUAAAUAAUAAAUUAUGCGGGAGGAAGUCGGAGACCCUUUAAAAACCCACAAAUAACAAACACCACCCACUGAGUCCUUCCAGUUUUAACCAAACAAUGAGCCACUGGUAGCCUUCUUAGAAAAGCAGUGAAGAGGUUUCUACAAAAAGGUAAGGUUCCGGAAGUUUGUCUGGCUUCCAAAAUGUUCAGAAAUCAAAGCACGGCUUCUGGUUGGCUGCAGGAAGCUCCUGCAGCCAAUCGGAAGCCAUGGAAUCCCUAUCGGCCAUUCGGCUUCCAAAAAUAGUUCACAAACUGGAACAUUCACUUCCAGGUUUGCGGCAUUCGGAAGCCAAAACAUUUGAGAACUAAGCUGUUCGAAAACCAAGGUAUGACUGUACAUUGAAAAGUGUGUGUGUGCGUGUGAACAAAUGACUAGCAGAAGCAAGUGUAGUAGUAGUAAUAAUAAUAAUAAUAAUAAUAAUAGGUAAAGGUAAAGGGACCCCUGACCAUUAGGUCCAGUUGUGGCCGACUCUGUGGUUGCGGCGCUCAUCUCGCUUUAUUGGCCGAGGGAGCCGGCGUACAGCUUCCGGGUCAUGUGGCCAGCAUGACUAAGCCGCUUCUGGAGAACCAGAGCAGCGCACGGAAACGCCGUUUACCUUCCCGCUGGAGUGGUACCUAUUUAUCUACUUGCACUUUGACGUGCUUUUGAACUGCUAGGUUGGCAGGAGCAGGGACCAAGCAACGGGAGCUCACCCCAUCGCGGGGAUUCGAACCGCAGAUCUUCUGAUCGGCAAGCCCUAGGCUCUGUGGUUUAACCCACAGCGCCACCAGCAUCCAUAAUAAUAAUAAUAAUAAUAAUAAUAAUACCCUGUCCAUCUGACUGGGUUGCCCCAGCCACUCUGUGAACACCCUGCAAGCAAAUCAGGAUGAAUGUAGGAUGAAUGCUUAUUGCCAGGUACCUGUCCUGCAAAUAAAGCAAAAGGAAUGUUCAAUAAAGACCGGACAUAGUCUAACCACCACUGAAUGCUUUGUGUAAACAAAUCAGGAUGAUUGCUGAACAAACCGGUUGUCUGCAGGAGGCCUCCAUUGAGGAGUAUGGCUUGUAACAAGAAGAAGCCAUAGUGGUCAGCAAAUGUCAAUAUAGCUUUAAAUUGCUAUGACAUCAUGGUGAUCAAAUUUCUAACCGAGACAAACAGCACAGCUACAAAGCUUAAUGAAGUGUGGGAUUUUUGACUGCUAAAACUUUGCCACUUUAAUUUAGUAUUGAUUAGUGGGAUGAGCAGUGCUGUUGAAUGAUGGUGCUAUCAUUAGAGGCAUCUCAUUGAGGUUGAUCGAUGCCGUACUCUCUCAAGGGAAGAUCUAUCUCAAAUCUUGGCUCUGUGCACUGCAUAUGCAGCCCUGUGUUGUCUGGAAGUGGAACACUGGUCUUACAUCAAAGAACAAAACUGGGAGCAGAGGAAAAAUCCCUGGAUGAGUUUCUGUGGCAAAUUCAAUUAUACUGUAGAGUGGGGACUGCCCAUGUAGUGCCUUGCAGGCGAUGCUUGACUCCAACUCCCAUCAGCCUCUGCCAACAUGACCUGUGGUCAGGGAUGAUGGGAGUUGUCAUCCAAAAGCAUCUGAAGGUCACUGUGUUGGGUACCCUUGCUGUAGAUGAACACGGAAACUGGCAGAAACAACCCCUCAGUUGUUGUUUUUUUAAUUCUCACCAAAGGGGAUAACACAAAGGUGCCUACAACUUUGAAAUAUCAGUCCUGUUGUAUGGAGAAUAAAUAAAAAAAGUUGACCCAGUAACUUUUUUAAUAAGCAGUUGAGUUUAGUUAUUAAAUUAUAAUUGACCUGGGUGGACGUGGGUAGCGCUGUCAGUUAAACCAUAGAGCCUAGGACUUGCUGAUCAGAAGGUCGGCAGUUCAAAUCCCUGCGACGGGGUGAGCUCCCGUUGCUCGGUCCCUGCUCCUGCCCACCUAGCAGUUCGAAAGCACAUCAAAGUGCAAGUAGAUAAAUAGGUACCACUUCGGUGGGAAGGUAAAACGGCGUUUCUGUGCGCUGCUAUGGUUCUCGAGAAGCGGCUUAGUCAUGCUGGCCACAUGACCCGGAAGCUGUACGCCAGCUCCCUCAGCCAGUAAAGUGAGAUGAGCGCCGCAACCCCAGAGUUGGUCACGACUGGACCUAAUGGUCAGGGGUCUCUUUACCUUAAGUUAUAAUUAAUUAGGGGCAGUUUGUCCCUCCCCUCCCUCUCUUUCUCUCUCUCAUUCCAUUCACAGAUAGUGAACAAAGUUUUAGAAUUAAUCCAGCUAAAGUAACAGGGUGUUUGAUGCACAUGGCAAGGAAUCGUGAUGUUUCUUUGCCAUUCCACUCCAGGAAUGCCUUAGGACAACCUGAGGAAUUUGAUGAAACAAAUUUGUGUCUCGUGAAGAUUGUGCACCCUGCCAUAUCGUACCCAGUUGUGCUGCUUUGAACCAAGGCUGUUGCGUCGGACAGAGAGGAUGGCUCAGAAACUCUCGGCACCUCCUUUGCUUACGCCGUAGGCGGAUUGGCUGCCAGCGUCCAGACUGGCUGCAUGCCUGGUUGGUUUGCAUGUUUCAGUGAUAAAUUUUGCUGAACAUGACAAGUGUUGUUCCUGGAGGAAGAGGCGGAGCAGCCUCGUGAUUACUUAUGGGGAAGUUGAACAUUUAUCAGCCAUGAUGUCAGAUUAUUUUAGGGAGAGAUGUGGGGGGGGGGGGGCAGGCUUUGCUUUAGUCAUCUGAAGUGUUUGAAAUCUUGUCUUUUAAACCAUACUUGGUCAGAUUGUUGUUGUUGUUUUUAAUUGUGAUGAAUACACAGAGUCUUUCACCUGUGCAACUUCACGUGAACUUUGCAGCAUAUUCCGCACUACAAUCUAACGAUAUUUGACCUUCAUCCAUAGCUAUGAAUCUUCACAUCUAACCCCCACCCCAAAUAUAAUAGUCUCUACAGGGAUCUGAUACAGCUUGUUGAUAGUUUCAUGCACAAUCUUAAUUAUCUACUCGGCUUUGCUGAGCGGCUCUGCCGCAUCUGCAACCCUUCCAUUCACAAGAACUGCAGUGGAAUUAGGGGCCAGGGCAAUCAGGAGGGAAUCUGGACCCAAUUCCUGAGCCAACUUCAGGCUAGCACAGGCACAGAUCAGGUUGGAUGUCAUUGCACAUCAGCUGUGAGACCAGCUUGAGAUUCAGAAGAUCCUUUGCUGGCAGGCUGAGCCCCUCUCUGCCCUUAGAACAUCCCACUUCUGCUGGCAUGGAUUCCACCAAUGGGCCUCCUCGUCGCCUGUACAUAUUGGUGGCUGGCAGGACGCCAGCUUACCUGGGAGAGCUGGGCAGAGGGACAAUUCCACCUCAUCCAACCCUCCCAUUCGCAGCUCAGAGUAUUGGAAGCUUGGAUUGCUCUACUGGUUAUUUACCAGACUUUACAAUUCCAAGUUACUAUUAUUCAGAUGCACACGUAUUGUUUCAUAAAUGAAGGUGAUGACUUAUGUACGGCAUACAGUUAAGUCUAUGGUUAAUGGGGCAGGCUUUUGGUGAUCACUGUGGGCACAUUGGUUUCUUGUAGAGCUACUGUAUCAGAGUGAUCUUUGUUUUAAAUACUACCCAGUAUUGGCAAAGCUCAGCAUGCCUAAAGACUUUUGGCUUCUGCACAGUUUCAGAACACACAGAAAGAAGCAGGGAUAUAAGUUUGGGCAUGCCCUAAGCCUGGCAGUCAGAAAGCUCUGGUUUGAAACACUCUGUACGAUCCCUAUUCCUCAACUGGGGUGAAUUUAUGAAGGAGUGACCCAAGAAAUUAUAGGUGUUUAAAGCAAGGGACGCGGGUGGCACUGUGGUCUAAACCACUGAGCCUAGGGCUUGCUGAUCAGAAGGUCGGCGGUUCAAAUCCCAAUGCUCAGUCCUAGCUCCUGCCAACCUAGCAGUUCGAAAGCACGUCAAAGUGCAAGUAGAUAAAUAGGUACCACUCUGGCGGGAAGGUAAACGGCGUUUCCGUGCGCUGCUCUGGUUUCGCCAGAAGUGGCUUAGUCAUGCUGGCCACAUGACCUGGAAAAACUGUCUGUGGACAAACGUCGGCUCCCUUGGCCAGUAAAGCAAGAUGAGCGCUGCAACCCCAGCCUCGUUCACGACUGGACUUAACUGUCAGGGGUCCUUUACCUUUACCUUUAAAUCAAGUGAAUCUCCCCUGCUCCUUUCUCCCUUCCCAUGUUAGCCUGGCUGAUAAUUAGGCCUUAUAAGAUAACCUGAACUUGGGAGGGUCUUUGGGAAUGAUGAACUGAAAGGAAUAAAAAAAGGAAAUGUUUCUUUUCUCUCUUGGUUUACCGGAAGUAAUUUAGAACAAGGCGUAAAACAGAUCCAUCUAAAAGUCAUGACACAAUUGAAAAAGAGAGGAGGAGGUUGAAAAAAGUUGUUGCCCCAAGUUUUAAUGACGUGGCAAAGUUUGUACAAAGAGCAGCUGGAAAAACAGCUGCGGGAGUGGAGGAGACAAAUGGAGCUGUUUUAUCACAAGGCUGACAGGGAGGGGGGUGUCCCUGCUUCUCAUCUCUCCCUGACAAUGAGAGCAAAAGGGAGCCAACAGGAUGGAAUAACCUUGCUUCCCAACUAUUCUACAUACCAGGGCCAAAUGCAAUCAUAGUGGCUGGAUGACAGUAAAGCAGUCUCUUUGCUUUCCUAGCUUACCUGUUUAGGGGCAAGUAUUCCAAGUGAAUCUUAUCACUAGCCUGGAUUUACUGUAUCUGGAAUUACUUUGUCUUUAAAAGCUUUUGAAGUUAUUCAGAUGGGGGUAGUUAUUAUCUGCCUGCCCUCAAAACAAUGGGCACUGAUAUGUUUAAAUUCAAGCCACUGUUUCUCCGGCGCUGUUUGUAGUGAUAAUGGUUUUUCCAUUUUAAACUUUCUAGAUGCAGAGUUCUUUUAUACCAAUUGUUCCCUGGAAUUCAGGGCAUGUUCACGAUUAUAGGCUGGCUGAGCCUGUCUUUGUAGAGAAAGCUGUUCUACUAGUAGGCCAGUACAAUUGCCUUUGCUCUUGGGUUGCUAAAAUUAUGGGUCACUUGAGCAGGGUUCAAAAUUAUUCUGUCAUUGCAGAAGGCAGUGGGAAAGCGCUUUAUAAUUGCUAUCAGGAAGAGUUGUGGUUCAGUGGCACAAUCCCAGGUUCAGCGUCUUCCUCCUGUUUGAAAACCCUCAAGAAAUGCUCUCAGCCAGUCAGAUAGUACAGUGGUACCUCGGGUUACAUACGCUUCAGGUUACAUACGCUUCAGGUUACAGACUUCAUUAACCCAGAAAUAGUGCUUCAGGUUAAGAACUUUGCUUCAGGUUGAGAACAGAAAUUGUGCUCUGGCGGUGUGGUGGCAGCAGGAGGCCCCAUUAGCUAAAGUGGUGCUUCAGGUUAAGAACAGUUUCACGUUAAGAAUGGACCUCCGGAACGAAUUAAGUAUUUAACCUGAGGUACCACUGUACUGAGUUAGAUGCACCAAUAGCUUCCGGUAUUCCUAUUGAUAAGAGCAAUACCUUUCAUAAGCCUUUCUAGCCAAUCAGAAUGAGGCCAUUGCCACCAAUUCCUUUUACAGUCUUGUGACAUCUCAAAACAAGCCUUUGUGUAUGAUGAUUCCGUGAUAAAUAUGGCAUCUGAAGCCAAGACAGGAGUGUGUCUGAUCUGAUAUCUAAGUGUCCCUUUCCAUUACUUACAGACUGUACCAGAAAGCAUUAGUAAAUUAGUUACACCCACACUAGACAUUGUUCUAUUUUCCAACUCCCCACCCCCCCAUGUUUAGUAGGUCUUUAUAUUUACUACAGGGGUACUUUGACAAGCCAGGAAAAGCAGGAAUGAGCCAGUUUUCUGGGUCAAGUUGCUCUCACUGCAUUACACAAGCAGCUCUCUCUGAGUGAGCAUUGUUCUCAGAACAUAUUUGUGAGGCACAAUUAGACAAUAAUACGGAAUGCUCUUUUCCACACAGAAGUUUUGCAACUAAACUGGCAGAAAGGGGAAUCACAGGCUUGGUUGUUGUUGUUUUAAAAAUUGCAUUAUAACUAAAAACCCAGUUUAUUGUUUCUGUUGCUCUUACUGAUUCCGUUCUUCCAUUGACAGUUCAGUGCUAGGCCACUGCUCCUUCCUGCGCCAAGUUAACCCUUCACCAUGCUAUGGUUCCUUCUUAUCUGGGAUAGCUCAGUGAGGCUCUUAAUCUCAGGAUUGUGGAUUCGAGCCCCACGUUGGGCAAAAAGAUUCCUGCAUUGCAGGGGGUUGGACUAGAUGACCCUUGUAGUCUCUUCCAACUCUAAAAUUCUAUGAUUCUUGUGUCAGGAUCACCCAGGGAUGCUGGCAUGGAGAGAAACCACUGGAUGGCCUUUAACAAUGUGGCUUGCACCUCCCAUGUCAUCAGAAUAUUGAAAGAAGGGUGCCAUUCGGAGUACAGUGAUACCUCGAGUUACAAACGCCUCAGGUUACAAACGCUUCAAGUUACAAACUCCGCUAACCUGGAAGAGUUACCGCGAGUCGAGAACUUUGCCCCAGGAUGAGAACGGAAAUUGUGUGCUGGCGGUGCAGUGGCAGCAAGAGGCCCCAUUAGCAAAAGCACACCUCUAGUUAAGAACAGUUUCAGGUUAAGAAUGGACCUCCGGAAUGAAUUAAGUUCGUAACUAGAGGUACCACUGUAAAUCAUUCUAUCCGUGGUUAUAGGUCUAGAUCAGUUUUUUACCUUUGAAGUUUCUGGAUGUGGCAUCAAAGAAUAAAUUUCUUUCUUUCUCCCCAAGCCUGUUCUUCUCUCCCCAACCCCCACCCUAAUCUAAGAGCAUGUUGUUAAACAGCCCUGAAAAGAUUUCAUCCUCAAGUAACCCAGCUUUUGCCUCAAGCCCUCUGGUGACAGCGAUUAUUUUGCUUGUAGAACAAAAAAGCUUCAGGGAACAUGUAACCGGAGAACUGGGAUAGAGAGCGUUGACCGACAGUAACCCCAGAGCACGGGUAUUCGGGAGAAAAAUAGGAAGUGUUUCUUUCUUCAUAACUUUUCUUCUCCAACCAGACUGGUGUCCUGCCAAAUCAGGGUCUGAGCAAUACAAUCGCAAUGCUUAGCGGCAUAAAGGCAGGGGCAGGGUGUGGGAAGAGGCUGCAAACCACAAAAUGCAGAAAAUACAGUGCCUCCGCCUUCCUUUCUCGUCUUCCACCCGCCAUUCCAUUGCGGCGGAGAUUUGUGGAGUUCUCCUUCCAUCCCUCUUGGCAUGCUGAGUGUCUCUUGUAAGCGAGCCGGCUAAUUAACAUUUUUAAAAAGUAUCAGGCAGCCUCGCAGACCAGCAUCGGCUGCCCCCUCGGGAUCCUGCAACGGCGUUUGGGAAUGUGAGCUUCCAAAGGCUGUGUUGGCAUCGCAUUGCCUCCUCUUUACCCCAGAAGGUGUUCUGCGCUUUGCACUUGAGCUCCUGAAGCCUUCACAGCCACGUCGUUUUCCGCAGCUCAAAAACAGACAUACUGAGAAUGUGCCUUUAUAACAUGUUAAAGAACAGGGUUAAAGCUUUCGAGCUACACAGGUCUCCUCAUAAUACAGUGGUACCUUGGUUAAGAACCUAAUUCGUUCUGGAGGUCCGUUCUUAACCUGAAACUGUUCUUAACCUGAAGCACCACUUUAGCUAACGGGGCCUCCCGCUGCUGUCACACGUUUCUGUUCUUAUCCUGAAGCAAAGUUCUUAACCUGAGGUACUAUUUCUGGGUUACUAGAGUCAGUAACCUGAAGUGUCUGUAACCCAAGGUUCCACUGUAUUCGCUGUUUGAGGGAAAGGGUGGGAAUAGUUGUGCCCAUCCAUAAUGCAAUUGUGCCCACCAAGAGUAUAUAAUUUAGAUCAGUUGGUUUCAUAGCAUAUUCCAAGGAUUCUUCAAUAUGUUCAUCAGUACUGGUGCCAUAUGUCUUACUCUGCUUUCCUUUGGACCACAUCAGCAAGGCCAAGAGGGAGGUCUUGUCAUCUGGGCAGCCCAGGACCUCCAUACACACUGCCCAGGCUUGUGCCCUAGGGGAAGUCACUUCUGUGCUGCUAACGCAGUAGUUUGACUUCACCCUUGGAGGCGUACUCCGUUGUUUCUCGAGACAGAUGGAUGACAACAACAACAACUGGUGGAUGAAGUUCCCCAAAAUACAUCCUUCCCACUGCCACAAACACCGUCUGUGAAUUAUGGGAGGGGAGAAGCAGAGGCAGCCCUGAAUAAUACCCAGUAAUAAUCACUGACUCCUCCAAAUUUUAGGCAGAUCCCCCCACCCCCAAUUCAUAGUUUUGUAAAAAGUGUUGUUUUACUUCAAGGUUGUGUUGUAUCUGUGGUUCCUACUUCUGUUAUCUUUCCUUUUUUUACUGUUGAAUGCAUUGUUUUGUCUAAAUGAAAUUGUGACUUUCAAUGGCUGUAAGCUUCCUAGACACUGGAAGGGUAGGAGAGCAGUUUUUAUAUUGUAUUGUGUUUUUAAUAUUCGAUUGAGAGCCGCCCAGAGUGGCUGGGGAAACCCAGCCAGAUGGGUGGGGUAUAAUUAUUGUUAUUUAUAUGGAACAAAUAAAUAGGAACAAAAUGAAAACAGCAGCUGGAGGGGUACACAUCAUAAAGUUGUUGAGGUUUUUUUAAGGUCAAAGUUGUUGAGUUUGGUUUGGUUUGUUCAAAGUUGUAAAGUUGUUGAGCUUUUUUUGGGUACAUCUGCCCCAAAAUUAAUUGUUUUGUCUUUUUUUUUUUUUUUGAAAUUUAUAAAGAUUUUUUUUAAAAAAAUUAACACCCCUUCUCGGACAUCUUGCCCAAUUUGCCAAAAAUCCACUUGGACGCCAUUUUUCGGCCUGGCAGCCCUUUGGGAGGACUGUAAUUCUCUUGAUAAUCCCCGUUGAUAUCUAAGCACCUAACAUGGGUGGAUCUGAGUGAACAAAGCAAUUCAGAGCUGGGGACAAGACUGACCCCUUCAGCCAGGUACAUGGCCUUAGAGCAAGGGAAGCAAAUAUGGCACCUUCCAGAUGUUGUGGCCUACAGCUCCCCAGCUGGAAUGGCCAAUGGUAGGGCAUGAUGGGAGUUUGGUCCUCAACAAAUGGAGGGCAUCACAUUGGCUGUCCCUGCCUUAGAGGAGGAUAGUGGAGAGAUCUAGACAAGGGAGCAAUGGGAGGUCCUCAGAAGAGGUAUGGGGUCAAAUCAUGCCUCCCCAGAGCUUCCAAAACAGUAGCUAAAGGGGCUCGUUGCAAAGGUUAGAGGGGAAGCAUCCCAUGCAGUGUACCAUCAAACACUACACUCUCUAUAGUUACAGGAUUUAUUUAUCCUCAAUGUAUAUUAUACAGUGUGAAAGGGAAGCACAGUCUGCAAAUCCAAAAAGUGGUGUAGAAAUGUUUUCUGUGCAUAAAUUAUAUAAAUAAAAUGUGACAAUGUGAACUGGCUAACCCACCUGAGAGGCCUGAGAAGUAUAUUCAUGAAAUGUGAGGGGCUGUGGCUGGAAAGAAAUGUCACCUCUCUCUUCCCAGGAUUGUGAAUAAAUAUUUUCUACUUAUGUACCAGAGCAGGGGAGCAGGUUCUGGCUAAUGGACACAUCUCGGUUACAAAGUGGUGUGAUGUUUAUUCCAGUUUUAACUGUUACACUUUCCCCCUGAGCAGCCCUUUGCAGUAGUUUGGUAAGGAGAAUGAUACAUAAUUUUCUGUUGGACAAUUCCUAGCCUCUCACUCCCCCAAUUCCAUCCAAAUUAUAGCCUUCAAAGGGGAAAGUGCAUGAUAGCUGAACAUGUUUGAUGCUGUAAUACUGACAUACCCUCUCUGAGUUUCGAUUUGUUUUGAAUUUUGAAAAAAUGGUUUUCUUGUUACCUGGCAGGUGUGAAAGUCCGGGAUUUCCUGGUUGACAAUGAGACCUUCUCUGACUUUCUCCAUCACAAUGCUUCCCUACCAAAGUUUGUUGUAGACGAAAUCCUGAAUGCCGAGGUUAACCUCCAACAGGUAAGAAGCGUAUACUGUCAAUGACCAGCACUUGGGAAGAAAGUCUACAGUUCUCCAUUUGAAUGUCAUGAAUUGUGAAUGUGAUGUGGAAAAUAUGAUUUAUCUCGAGUCCCAGGAGUGAUUUAUAGAUUUAUAACCUCUGGUACAUGUUUCUAGGUCAUUACAUCUGGCUACCGGAUAAGUGUGAAAGACCUUUGCAAUUCAACCAAGCUGUCAAAGUUUGUCAACAUCCAAAACCCAGUGGUGGAUGUUCUCAGCAGUGCCUUGAUUUGCUCCAUUCCUAAGGAAAAGCUUUCUGCUGCAGAGAGAGUGUUUCAGGACAAUCUAGAUGUCAUGAAGCCAUUUAUGGUGAGUGUGUUGGCUUGAGUAUUUUGAAUUGUAUUCACCAAGGUAUAGUGCAAGUUUUUUUAAAUCAGCAGAAUAUCAUGGUUCACAUAAUAUAGCGUACUAUGUUACAAAACAAAAUGCAAACAAACCCUUUCCAUGUUACAUUUAUCAUUACACCUGGAUUGCAGGAGACCUGUGGCCAAAGAUUCAGCUGGUUAUUUCAAAUCACUGUGUGAUUCAUUAUCUCUGCAAAAAGAAGGGAGAGAGUCCAAAGGUCAAAAUUUUCUACUUCUGUGGUCUUAGUAUCUAAAGCUAAAUAUUUAGGUCUGGUCUAGGCAUCCCUGUAACCCAUGGUUUGAAAACCAGGAGCCAGUCUUUGGGAUACAUAUCCCUUCCCCCUCCUUCCUUCCCUUAUUGGCAUUUGCCAUGGUUUAGAAUUACACGUGUUUUGAUUUUAGCCAGUUUUAUAGUAUCCAUGGCCCCAUCAUAACUAGAGUUUGAAACCUUGAUUCGAAGUGUGUUUGCAAAUCGUAUUUAUGAGGGAACCUGGUUAGCAUAUGUCCAGCUGUAAUUCUAAACCUUAGUUAAUACUGAUAGAAGAAUGGAGGAGUUAUUCGCUUCAGAAAAUGGAAGAGGGAGGAGGAUAGAUUUCAGAUCUCUGAGACUAGCUUCAGAUCUGUAAACCAUGGUUUGGGGGGGAGCCAGGGUUACAUUUGCACCAGUUCCCAAUUUAGCAUAAUAAGGUUGUGUUACUAUUUAUUUAUUCAGUGUCAUCAGUGGUAACAUAAGCAAAACAGACUAAUCCCUGCCCUCAAAGGACUGACAGACUUAACUUUUCUUAAGCAGCCUAUGAAAUGGCGUGACUCUGUCCAUCAGAUUUUUUUCACUGCCUAUUCAAAUAGAGCUGUAUGACAAAGGGGCAACUUGCUUCCCACAGGAGCUGUUACUUUCCUUAGCUAUAAAGCUGUGUUAAAAAGCUAAAGUGGGAGCGAACUGUUCAGAAAUGACGGGAGCAACAGAAAGCAACACUCUUAUGGACCAGCAUGUGAAUGCCUGGCUAAGUGCCAAACAAAAGCCCUUUUUAGUUUUGAUACAGCUUGGGGAAUACAGAAUUAAGCCUCAGUUGUUUGGCUAUUCGCCUAGCCAAAAGCAUAGGAUAUCUGACACUGGAGUCAUAUUUCUGCUCUGUCUGGAAUGUAAAGGUCAGCUCUUUUUAAACUGUUAUUGUUUUUCACUAAACUGCUUGGACUGUUAUAUUUUUCCUUGUCAUUUGCUUAUUUGCUUGUUUGCUUGCUUGCUUGAAAGCUUAUCACCUGUUCUCCAGCCUAAGGGUUACUGAGAGCCACUGUAGUAUAAUAAGGCAGCAAGCCAGACAGCAAAUGAUGAAAGCUAAUAAAAUUCCAGCUCUUUGAAAACCAAUCAGCCUAAAUUUUAGACUCCUAAGGACCAUGCAAAUAGAAAUGAUUUCACCUGGCACCAGAAAGAAAUCUUGCUUAGCUAGCCCUUCUAGGGAGAGAUUUCAAAAGGCAGGGUCUUUUUGGUUGUGGUGCCUGCCUGGCUUCAGGUGACAUGGGAUCUCAGAGAACGACAUCUGAGGAAAAUGUUAAUGCUUGACAGGAUUAUGCAGAAAUCUCAUUGCACUAGCUGCACCCAAGGGAUGGAACAUUUUCUUGGUUUUUUUUCUGUAUGGCGAUAAUAGAGCUUAAUUGAAUUAAGUAGUUGUUUGUUACAUUAAAAUGCUUGGAAAUGUUUUUGAUAUAUGUAUUGUAACUCGCUUAGCUUUCCGAAUGAAAGGCUUGGGUUUAAUGUGGUGAAUAUAAACCCUUUUCUAUAAAUCAUAGUGCAAAUUUAGGAGCAAAGCUAGAAGCCAGAAAUUAAACAAGUCGAGCUUCUGUUUGCAGCUAAAUGAAAAGCUACUUUCUAAUAGUAAAAGAAACUUAGGGAAAUCUCGUGAUGUUGCAAGUCAGCAAUAUUAUUUAUUGGGAAACCAGUGCCAUGGGAAAUGUGAAUGACGUCUGUGUGUUUGUCUCAUGCCUGACACUGUUGUAGCUAAGAAGGUUUGAGGUUGAUCAGUGGGAGACCUUGGGGAGUUCUACUUAAACCUCUUUGUACUUUCUAAGGAAAUGUAGGAUUAUAAGCAUUGUAAAUAAAUAAAAUUAUGGUUCAGGAAGCUAGAAUAAAAGGGAGGGGAAAGGAGACACAGGAAGAACAGCUUUGAUGAGUCAGACCAAUGGCCCACUAUCCAUCAUGAGCUACGCUUUACCAAACACAUGAGUGGAAAACUACCCUCAGUCAUGAGAUGUUAGCAGUCACUUCCCAUUACUUUAUUGCCAGGACCAGUACAUAUGCUGGUGGGAGUAUGGGUUUAGGAAUAGACGGUGGUAGUGAUUUAUAUGAGCUUUUUCUUAUUAAUUCAUUUAUUCCCUUCUUUUCAGCUAAGGUUGACUCCCAAAGUCACUACAAUUAAAAUCCAUCAUGCAUUGCCAAGCCAGACCCAGAUAUUUGUAUCCCAUGGGUCAAGCUUCCCUACCCAAACCUAGGUGGCUCUCGGCUUGUUCUAAGUAACAGGGACAGUGAACAACGAUGAUGAUGAUGAUGAUGUUGCUGUUGUUGUUAUCUGUUAUUUCAAUACUGGUCUUCAUCCAAGGACCACAGGGCGAUUUACAAUAUAAAAACCACAAAAAUACAUAACAUAGCAACAAAACAAAUAACUCCUCCAAUGAUAUUCCAAGCCUUCUCACUAUUUAAAGCAUAUAAUAUUCACCUGCCCCUCACCUCUAGAUACUGCUUAUUUAGAUACAUGAACAGGACAUAAAGGAGAUUUCUAAAAUUAUGAAGAACAGGCCAGGAGUAUCUGUUAUGUAGAAUGAGGCAGUGGCCAUGUGUCUUACUUUAGAGAGGUCAGUCCUCUGUUUGAAGGUCCUAUUUGAAGGGCUGUUAGGUCCAAGUAUGGUUUAAAGGGGCUGGACCCUAAGAAGGGAGAGCAGGGGCCUUGGAUGAUGCCCUUCAACAGUUGCUAUUCCAACAGCAAACUGGACGUGCAAACAUGUCACCUGGUCACUGCCUUCCAUACGAUGGUGAGAUAGAUGUAUUGUACCUCGGGUUAUGAACUUAAUUCGUUCCGGAGGUCCAUUCUUAACCUGAGGUACCACUUUAGCUAAUGGGGCCUCCUGCUGCUGCCACACAAUUUCCAUUCUCAUCCUGGGGCAAAGUUCUCAACCUGAGGUACUACUUCCGGGUUAGCAGAGUUUGUAACCCAAAGUGUUUGUGACUCGAACCGUUUGUAACCCAAGGUACCACUGUAUUUCUAUUUAAAUAUUAGCAAUUAUGUCUGCGUUUGCUUCUAUGCAUAUGAGUUCCCAUAUAGAAAUGUUAUGCAAAUCUGUGUCCAUUUCUUAAUCCUCCACAUUUGGUGAUACCUUUCCUCUUCUAGCAAAAGCUUAAGUGGGCAGACUACUGCCUCAGGUGGUAGAUGUAAAAAGACUGGAGAGCAAAUAUUGCUGUGUUGUGCUACAUGGACUGCCCUCCAUUCUCAAACUAUCCUGGUGCCCUCAAGUGCAUUGGAAGGUACUGUCUGAUCAGCAGUGUUGAAAUAAGAUUGAACUCGCAACCUGAUUAGCUUUUGUGCAGGCACAAAAAUGAUUCAGGCCAGCUCUGGAAUGGAAGGAAAGCUGUCAUCUCCAAAUAAACGUAUGAUGAUAAUAAUAAUCAUGUGUUCAUAAACCAGUAAGGUAGGCCGUUAGGGUGUGACGAACUGUGAAUGAUUAAAAAAGGUUGGAGGGAUAUUUCUCAUAAAUAAUCUUGACCCAGUCUUUUAUUAUAUUGUGUGGGCGGCUGUUUCAGAUGACUGCGAUGGUUGUGAUUCAUGCUUCAUUCAGAGGCCACAGAGGAACUUGGAACAGCUCUGAAAGCCCUUGUGUUGUCUGCAUGUUUUCUAAAUAAUUUGGGUGACAUUUUAGUGUUCCCGUAGCAUGAAAGAAACACUGAACAAUACCAGCUGGAAAUAAAGGCUGAACACCCAACACAUGCAGAUGGUCAUUGGUACAAAUUGCAACCAUCUCCAGGUAGAGUUAAGGGGUGAAGAUGGCACCAGGGCAGGCAGCUAGCUCUGAAGCUCUGUAGAAACACAAAUUUAAUUGAGUUUUCAUGGGUUCUAAUUUCUUUUAAAACAAUUAUUUUAUCAACAAUUUAUGUUUCGGUGCUGGAAAAUAGAGCUAUGUGGAUCUGUAAUGCCAAUGGUAAUUAAGUUUUAAUAAGCUCUGUGGUACUAUUGAGUGAUACAAUGUUUUCGGAGUGGUGGGAAGCCAGUGGACGCAUAAAUCUCAAAGGUAGAGCUAGGGGAGGUGGCUUAUUUCUGAAACCCUGGAGAGCUGUGGCCAAUUAGCUUCGACUCUACAAUAGUGAACCAGAUGGGCCAAUGAUCUGACUCAGUAUGAGCUUCUUCUGUUCCUAGGUGUCAUCUGUAUUGUAACUCACAUGCUAUAGUAUACAUAGGCGUCUUUGUCCUUGUAGCUGAGCAAAUGGGAAAAAUAUGUGCCAAAACUCAUGCUGUGUAACCUGAAUCAAGCCAUUAAAUAUGGUGUCCUUCCUUCCUUCCUUCCUUCCUUCCUUCCUUCCUUCCUUCUUUUCCAAAAUGAGAAUACGAGACACAGAGCUUCCACAGUUCUGCUUGCCCCACAACUUGUUCCCUAGGAAACCUGCUUUUUACAAUUGAGUCAGAACAAAUGUCAAAUGGGCUUUCCGUGGAUUGAAAUGUGCUCCCAUUUAGUGCUAAAGAGUGGGUUUUCCCCAGGGAAAGUGGCAGGGCAAAUAGAAAACCACUUGGAUCCUGCCUAGGAAGCACAGGGCAAGUGUAAAACCUCUCAAAUCUGUGCUUUCCAGGCACAGGACUUUUCACACGUGUGGACAAGCCUGCACAAUAACGUGAUGUCCCGAGGGUGAAGUAACUUUGGCUGACUGUCAUAUCCUGGGGGUUCCAUUUCAUAUGUCCUUGAUGGAAUUGAUUAACGAUUGAGGUGCAAAGGCCCAAUCUGAGGCACAUUGCCAAAAUGUGUAUCUUGCAAGCAUUUGAUGUGAUUAAUUUAUUUUUUAUGUCCCACAGUAAUUCUGGUAGUGUUUUCAGUGCAGUGUAAGCAGCCAGAGUUUCAUGAAACAAAUGGAUUUGUGCUUUCCGCUUGCUUAGCUCAUGCCCAGGCCCAUUUAAUGUAAUUGUUUAGAGCAGUAAUAAUGGGAAGUGAGACGGCCAGAGAUGCUGGUUCUCAUGAGGAAUUUUCAGAAACACAGGAGGAAGGAGGAGGGGUGCCUUCCUUCUCUUGCCAAAUGGCAUCCUUUUUUAGUGCGUGCUGGCUUCACUUGUGAUCCUUGAACUACACACAUGAGAGAUGCCCUUGCUGAUACAAAAUGCCACUCUUCAUCCUCCUUCGAGUACUAAAUGCAAAUGAUGAUGUUGAUUCCUAUCUGCUGUGUUGCAAUUAAGAUUCUUCUAAAGCUAAAUCCCCAUUUGUCAUUCCAGAAAGGAAUCGCCUCCAACUCCACUCUUCAGGAUCUCAAGGAAACCACAGAGACUUUCAUGGAGAGCCUCGGGAAGCUCCUUAGGGAGGUAGGCUGUGCCUUUUGUCUCUCAUCUAGGAUCACUGAUACAGCGAUGUUCCCAGUUGAGGUAUCCAAAUUACUCUUAAUCCUGAGCAGCUCAGUGAAGCCUGUGAGUGCAUUCUUGCUGCCUUUGGGCAGAGGUUUCUGCUGUGCUGGACAUCACCAAUGCAUCAAGCCAUUGUUGUUGUUUAGUCAUUUAGUCGUGUCCGACUCUUCGUGACCCCCUGGACCAGAGCACGCCAGGCACUCCUGUCUUCCACUGCCUCCCGCAGUUUGGUCAAACUCAUGUUCGUAGCUUCGAGAACAGUGUCCAACUAUCUCGUCCUCUGUCGUCCCCUUCUCCUUGUGCCCUCCAUCUUUCCCAACAUCAGGGUCUUUUCCAGGGAGUCUUCUCUUCUCAUGAGGUGGCCAAAGUAUUGGAGCCUCAGCUUCACGAUCUGUCCUUCAAGUGAGCACUCAGGGCUGAUUUCCUAUAGGAUGGAUAGGUUUGAUCUUCUUGCAGUCCAUGGGACUCUCAAGAGUCUCCUCCAGCACCAGAAUUCAAAAGCAUCAAUUCUUUGGCAAUCAGCCAUCUUUAUGGUCCAGCUCUCACUUCCAUACAUCACUACUGGGAAAACCAUGGCUUUAACUAUACGGACCUUUGUUGGCAAGGUGAUGUCUCUGCUCAAGCCAUUAACUUGGCUCUUUAACUGAAGAUUGCUUCCCAUCUCCAAUUUGUGCCACGCAUGCUAUGUCUGUCAGGGCCAUGUGCAGGCUGCCCUUCCUUGUGGUGGAGCUAGCCAUCCAGGAGGAGCCAUUAGAAGAAGAAGCAGUUCAGCUCUCCCUACCCUGUUGUGGCCACAUGGAAGGAGGGGCGAAGGAAGGCGUUGUGACACCUGGGGCGGGCGUCACUACAUAGGGCGCACAUGCGGUGCUGCUACGUACGACGCAUGCGCUGUACGUAGCGAUGCCGCAUAUGCGCUGUAUAGCGGUUUGCUGCCAGUGCCGCUCCAGUGCUGUACGGAUGGUGCCAGGAUCCCUCCGUUGCCGCUACAGCCGCAGCAAACCACUAAGUACAGCGUAUGUGCGGCGUCACUGUACAUAGCGAUGCUGCACAUGCGCUGUAUAGCAGUUUGUUGCUGCCAGUGCUGCUCCAGCGCUGUGCAGAUGGUGCCACGAUCCUCUGCUCAUGGCUGCAACCGCGAACAGAGGAUCCUUCACAUGCGGCUGCGGCGGCGCGAUGGUUGCUUGCACCUCUGCGAGACCCCACAGGGUGACUUCUUGUCACCCCCACAGACACGGAACCCGGGGCACACCGCCCGCCAGUCCCCGUUACGACACCACUGCAUGGAAGCAUUCUGAUAUGCAUGCAUUUUGGGCACAGAAACACUGGAAGUUCAGUUUAACUCACACACAGCAGUUUAAAGUGCUUUCGACGCAUCCUAGGUAUGCAUGUUUGUCACCUUGUCCACAUGGCAUUGCUCUCAUCUAAGUGGCAUGCCACAUGCGAGUGGCGCUGUGGUCUAAACCACUCACCCUCUUGGGCUUGCCAAUCGGAAGGUUAGCAGUUCGAAUCCUCGCAACGGAGUGUGCUCCUGUGGCUCUGUCCCAGCUCCUGCCAACCUAGUACACCAGUGCAAGUAGAUAAAUAGGUACCAUUGCGGCAGGAAGGUAAAUGACGUUUCCGUGCGCUCUGGUUUCUGUCACAGUGUUCCAUUGUGCCAGAAGCAGUUUAGUCCUGCUGGCCACAUGACCCAGAAAGCUGUCUGCGGAGGAACACUGGCUCCCUCGGCCUGAAAGCAAGAUGAGCGCCGCAACCCCAUAGUCACCUUUGACUGGACUUAACUGUCCAGGGGUCCUUUACCCUUUACCUACCCCCCAAUUAAUUUGGAUCGUCCUGAUCUGCAGAUGUUAUAAAAGGGGGGAAACAAUGUAAAGUGGGCUGCUAGUAGGGCUGGUUCUGAUACAUACACACACAUGCAUGUUGUUGUUGUUUGUAACCAGCUGCUUUGUACAAGUCUGGUAUAUCGUAAAACUUGUAGCUCGAGAAUGAAAUUAAAAAUUGUCUGAGCACAUAGGUGAACAAGUAUCUGCGCACAUGCCCACAAUGGGCCUCGAGUUUCCAGAACUCUGGGAGAAUGGGAAAAUACUAACUGGCGGGAGGAGAUAACAGUACACAAUGUGAAUUCAUCCUAUCAAGCCUGUCCACUAGUGUGGGCAGGAAAUACUGAGGUCAAUGGAAUGUGUUCAUAUGUGCACAGAAGUGCACAUGGAAGAACCAGAUCUGCGCAACCCAGAUGCGCAUUGGUACUCUGGUGUGUACCCAGCCAAAGAGAGCAAGGAUCUGAACUUCCUUGUCGAAAUUGCUUUUGAUAGUGGAUGGUUUCUUUGGAAAUUUGGGUUCAUUGUUUUGGCUUGGGAGCUUGGUGCUCCCUUUCCAAGCCCUUUGAAUAAAUAAAGUUAUUCUGUGUGUUCUUUCCGAGCAAACGAGCUGCCUCUUUUCUUCCGCCUAACCUUUUAUGCAAAGUGCUUUUUGUUGUUGCUGCUGCUUUUUGCCAUUCUCAAAACGUAUUCUCCUCAAGUUUGAAAGUUGCCAUUUUAAACAAGUAACGAGGGGCGGAGAUUCAGCCUCACCUAUUGUUCUGUCUCUCUUACUGUUCGCUGGUGAAGCUUUUACUCCCUGAACUAUAAUAACCUCUCUGCGGAGCUGCGGUGAGGUCACUCGAGGUUGUUAAGAACUGUACUCCUGCGAAGGAGGAGCGGGGGCAAUAUCCCAUCCCCUUUUCCCUGUUUCUCCAGCCACUUUGUUUCCUAGGAGUAGGUUGCCCUCUGUUGAGUUAUAGAACCUGCUGUGUUCUUUUUUGGCCGGCUAAUGGAAAUUAGCAGAAAAAUCUGGUUGGAAUCAAGAUAAAACUGCAGCCACUUUUAACUAUCCUAAAAGUUUGCCUGUGAGUUUCUGGUUACAGCUGUUUCCUGUUACAUCAUUUGAGCAUCGGUGAUGUUUCAUUCUUUCUCCUUUUCUCUCUUUUCUUUUGGUGCGGAGUUAAAAAAAAAUCAGAAAUCAAAACCAUGUGACAUUCUCUUUGCUGAUGUGGCUGGAUUGCUGAGGAAUGUGACUUUUCUUUGGCAGUCUUCCCAAACAGCAGUCAGUACCUUUUCUUCCUGUCCUAUUCAACUUCAAAACAAAGACAGCUUGGAGGCUUUGCAUGAAAACCGCUCUUAACUGCAUGACCAAAAUUUGCUUUUUAAUGUCAUGGCUCGCUAAAUCCUCUCUGACAAAUAUGUAUAGGACUAGAGACAUUAAGUCCAGCAUUUUUUCUCUCCCUAGGUUAGGGUUGUGUUAGUACGGCUGCCAUCUGUCUGGGGAGGGGGGGAGGGGCAGUGCAGGGCAACCAAGUUUCCAGACGCCACUGAUAUGCAUUUACUAAUCUAUUUAAAUGUAUGCAAAUUUUAACCACUGUACUUUGAAUGGUUGCAGCUUAGCUAUAUAAAAAACAAAAAAAACAUGGACAGGUGGCAGCCAUAACCAGACAAGUCCAUAUGAAAUUGGGCUGGAUGUAAAACUGGGCAGCUGGGAACAGGGGGCUUGUUCCGAACACAUCUCGUGAGGCUUUUAUUGCAUUAAAAGUUGUUCUGAAAUUCCUUCUUCAGGAAACGCUGAUGUUUAGAAACCAUUGAGUUUUGUGCCAUUGGUGUAGCUCUUAAAUCUGGCUUGCACAGCAGCCUGUGAACUGGACUUCCUGUGUUCAGAAGUCUCUGGGUGACUGUAGCAGUCGGAAUGGAUAGCUGCAAACAAUCAGAGAGAACUCCCUUUCAGCUUCCUAAUACUGUAUGCUACUGCACAUUGUUGUUCAUAUUCUCUCUCUUUCUCUCGCUCCCUCCCCCCCCCCAGUAAAAUGCCUAGAUAAAAAAGGAAUGGGCAUCAUCGCUUUUAGUAGUUGUGCAAAAAUGGGAAUUUCAGCAUGUGUGACUUAUUGUCGUAAGAAAGUUAUACCUAAGAACUAGUGUGUGAGUUUAUUUCCCCCUCCUUUCUCCCUUCUCCUGUUUUUGAACUAUAUCUUUAUAAACCCACUGCCUUGAGUGUUGUCAAGCAAUGCAAGAACUUCGCACACUUUUCUCUAAAAUGUUCCUGUCACGUCUUGUACAAUCACUCUUAUGUCAGUUCUCUGGAAGGACCUUGGCUAUUUCUCUUCCUUUUAAAUUUAGGUGGCAGAUCACGACAAUUGGGAUGUCAGAACUAUCAGAUGUUCUUCGACUUCAUGUCACGCCCAUGUGAUUUUUGAGCAGUGGCGUAUAAGCCUUAAAGGAAAGAGGAAUGAAGCAGAGUUUAGGACACGGAAAGCCUAACUAUAGUGUCAUAUAGCCAGUGCUAUUUUUCUGGGAAAAGAGGUGCCGGAACUCACCAUGAACACCUCCUUCUUAGAAUGGCAGUGGCACCUGAGAGGUGCUGGAAUUGAGUUCCAGCAAUUUCAGCAAUAGGAGCCUUCUUCCUCAUCCUGCGCCAUCUCAUAGGAAGGUCCUGAGGAUAAAAUGGAUUAGCCAAGAGUUUCCUGGAGGAAGAGAGUAGGAUACAAAUAAAACAAAGGGAGUUGUGGGUUACAUUUGGCUGCUGCAAUACUUAAAGAUCUAAUUUCAUAGGAUUUAUUUCCCUGCCAAUGGGUCAGAGUAGACCCAUUAAAAUUAAUGGGCCUAACUUAGACAAUGGGACUACGAUGAUUAAAAAUUAGUUGAAUACUACCCAGAGGCUCCAAUGAUUCUUUUCCUCCUGGACCUGUGACUUCAUCAUUGUACUCAUGAAAUGCUCUCCUAACAUCACAUGAGUUGCAAAUUCCUUUCCAGAUUUUUGGACAUGCACCGCACAAUGUAGAAGCACCUUUUUUAUCGUUCAGUAGAAGUUCAUCUUCUGCUGUAUUGACUGUGAUUCAAAAAAUACCAUUGCUUGUGGUUAAAAAAAAAAAAAGGAGCUAGUUCAGGCUCACAUAUUCUGUUUGCUGGCGAAAUCAGACUGGGAUAUCUCCAGUAGCCUUUAACUAAAGUUGGGUCCAAAUUAUGGAUAGACAUAACCCCAAGAAAAUUAGCCCUUAGGAAUUAGAGAGAAGGGCUUGCUCAUUAGUUUGGCCUGUUGAUAUCCUGUCUCCUUACACUCCACCUGAAAGGAAGGUGACUCUUCUGGGGUGAGAGAAUGAAUGGAUUUUGCUCCCCAAGAAGAAUACAUUCCACACCUUCCAUGGAAUGGCGGGGAAUGCAAUGGAACGCAAGCUGUUUGCACAAAUAGAAACUGGUGAAUAGGAAAUCUUAAGGUUUGUUCGGGAUGCUUUUGAACCAAUUGAUCUUUGGUGUAAUAUUUGUUACCAGUUUUACAGGAAAAUGGAUCGAGCUUUGAUCUGUAGGUGAACCCCUAUUUUUUUCCCCUCCCCUUUUGAACUAAAGCUCGGGAGCAUGAAAAGCUGGAGCGACAUGCGGCAGGAGGUGGUGUUCCUAACCAAUGUGAACAGCACAAGUUCUUCUACCGAAAUUUACCAGGCGGUAUCCCGAAUAGUUUGUGGACAUCCUGAGGGAGGGGGAUUGCAGAUCAAGUCUCUCAACUGGUAUGAAGACAACAACUACAAAGCUUUGUUUGGAGGCAACAACACUGACGAAGAUGCUGCCGAUUUCUAUGACAACUACACAAGUAAGUGGAAUCCGGUGCAUGCUUAUUAAUUUUGGGCAGAUCCUUUGGACUGCAGUCCUUUUUUAUUUUCAAAGAUGCAGGAAGCUACAGUAUGAUGAUGAGUGGAUAGCACUUGUCUAUACUGGGUGUGCUGUCUAGGAUUAAGGUGAGAAAGAUACUGUGCACCUAGCUCAUCUCCCAUAGGAGCCAGUGUGGUAUAGUGGUUAAGAGCGGUAGUCUCGUAAUCUAGGGAACCGGGUUCGCUUCCCCGCUCCUCCACAUGCAGCUGCUGGGUGGCCUUGGGCUAGUCACACUUCUUUGAAGUCUCUCAGCCUCACGCACCUCACAGAGUGUUUGUUGUGGGGGAGGAAGGGAAAGGAGAACGUUAGCCUCUUUGAGACUCCUUCGGGUAGUGAUAAAGCGGGAUAUCAAAUCCAAACUCUUCUUCUCUUCUUCUUCUUUUAAACUCUUUUAAAGCACCCUACUGCAAUGACCUCAUGAAGAAGCUGGAGUCCAGCCCACUUUCCAGAAUCAUAUGGAGAGCUCUGAAACCUUUGCUUAUGGGGAAGGUCUUGUACACCCCUGACACGCCAGCAACAAGGGCAGUCAUGUCUGAGGUAAGAUCCCAAUUCCACAUCGUUCAAAGGAAGGGGGGGGCUUGCUUUGUACAGCUGCUGUCGGGGCUCCUGCAGCAAAUGGACAAGAGGGAACUGAAAAUAGUGAGUAGGGCAGCCUUUCUCAACCUGUGGGUCCCCAGAUGUUGUUGAACUACAACUCCCAUCACCCCUAGCUAGCAAGGCCAGAGCUCAGGGAUGAUGGGAGUUGUAGUCUAACAACUUCUGGGGACCCACAGGUUGAGAACCGCUGGAGUAGGGGGUCAAAGUGGAUUUGCCUCUUGCCGCAUAGUUUGCACUUGGUCGCAUUUUCCCAGUCUGGAGGAGGCUGUAUUCUGGAGCUUGGAGCACCAAUGAGGUUUUCCUUCCAACAAUGAUUCAACUCUUACUGGCAGCUUAUAUAGGAACUAGAGGCUGUGUCCGCUUCCUGGUUCUUCUGAAUGGACUCAUGUGUGGCUCACCAGUUUGCUGAUGUCCCUGAAGCCCCUGCCUUGCUCUCUGUCCUUGUGACUGUUGGGGUGGGUGGAUCUGUGAGCUGGCCAGGAAGCCAAACAACCAUUGCAGAGACCUCUGCUCCUGCAGCUGGACUGCAGAGAGAGAGAGAGAGGGAGAGAGAGAGGGAGGGAGAAACAGAUAGAAAAGAAACCUCUGCCAUUGUAUUUGCUAACAUUUUGAAGACUUUAAAUCCUUCCCCCAAAACACUCAAAUACCCCUUCAGAUUGACUGCAAAUGGAAUGGCAGAUUUAGAAGAUGGCAUUUUUGCUUAGCCUUAAAGAACUUCCAGUGACAAUACUGGGUUAAAUGAAGCAAUAACUCGGCUCAGUAUAAGGUAGGGUCAUGUGUGCAGCCAUACUUUUUAAGUGUAUACAUUAUAUUCUUGGGCAUUUUUUCUCCCUUUUCGGGAAACGUGGUUUGCACAGCACUUCUUGUCCAUAAGAAGACAUUGCCGAAGGCCUUGCUGAAUCCUGUGCCAUUGUAACUCUGGCAGAUUCUGUGCUGAUAUGCUGUACUGGAACGUUCUGCUCAUUUAUGCAAUCCUGCUUGAACAUUCGUAAGGUCCUCGCUCACAUGCUACAUUUGCUGACCCAGGCAGAUGCUCAAGAACAGCUAGGUUUUAUGUUCAAGCACUGCAGUGCUUGAUGCUUUGAUGUUGCAAAGCUGAAGGGGCAGAAGAGGGGAGGAAGACGUAAUAAACUGCUUGACUGAUGGGGGUGGGGGAGAUGUUGCAACUGGGUUCUAAUGUUCAGAAUUGAAUCAAGGGCCGUUGAUACUGAAAGAUAAAGCCAACACCUCUUCUUCUUGGGGCAGAAGUCAGGGAGAAGCCACUCUUUUUAGCCUGUUCUGCAGGUUGUCACCUUUUUAUUUUUUAAAAUAAAUUUUCAAAACCUUAACAUAAAUAAUAAAUUUGUAUUUUUUCCUACUUUAAACCCCAUUUUCCAUGGUGUUUUUAUUUCUCCCCCUCUGCUACACGCUGCCUUCAAACUCUUAUACCAUAACAUCAAUAUUAUUCUUCCACAAAGCAAACAUUGUUAGGUUCUCUUAUUUUGGCUGUUAACUUUGCCAGUUUAGCAUAGUCCCUCACCUUACUUAGCCAUUCUUCUUUGGUGGGAACUACUUUUUCCAUUUUUGUGCAUGGAGAACCCUAGCCACUGUUGUUGCAUACAUAAACAACUUAAUCAUCUGGGGGGGGGGCAUGGAUUUCUGUCCCUGGUUGUCACCUUUUCGAUGUCACCUUUGACCCUUUCACUAUCCCGGCAGGUAAACAAGACGUUCCAGGAGCUGAGUGUCUUCCGUGAUCUCGGAGGGAUGUGGGAGGAGAUAAGACCAAAGAUAAGAGUGUUCAUGGAGGAAAGCCAGGAGAUGGAUCUAGUUCGGGUCAGUAUGCCAUAACUUCUCGCUCCUCAGAUAACACUGGAUAUUUCUUGGGAGACCAGUUUACAAGAAGUGAUUUAAAUCUGUUUACUUUGGUAUCGUGAUUGGCGGUUUGGCCUCAAGCGAGCGCGUGCAUGUCUAUGUAGUACCUCAUUUCUUCUGACAAGCUUGCUUGGGCAGGGCCUCCUUGUCUGUGCAAUGUGACUCUAACCUGAGAUUCGGCAGGAAGGUGAUUCCUUCUAGACAAUAGCUCUCCCCUCUGUGAUUUCCCCAAGUGCCAGGUUGGCUGAUUUGUUGUGCACAACUCAGGCAGAUUCUGGCCAGCAUAUAAAUCAGGCCUGCAUCCUCCCUUCCACAGGCUGCUGUGUGUGUUCACCUGCCAAGGACAUGGCCCAUAAUGAAUGUGAAACGAGGGGCUAUUCAAGUACAGGCAGGCUUCACAUUCUGUUAUGUUGAGUUCUGCCAUAAUCACAUUACAUGGGGCUCUGAACUAGAGACGAAUGUGAUUAAAUAUUACCUCACCCGUUUUAACAGAGGAAACAGACGCAGGUCAUACUGGCGCUAUCCACAUGUGUGAAAAAACAAGCAUUGUAUUUAAAUAACUAUUUGGAAUAACAACAAUAAUUCAUUUCAACCUUUAUUGUAUUGUAAUAUCACCUUUAAAAAAUUCCAAUACAAGGUCAGUGUGCUAUUUGCUAUUGGAGAGCCAGUGUGAUGUAGUUUGCAUUGCUGGGGGGUUGAAAUUCCUUCUCAAGCCAUGAAGCUUACUAGGAAGAGAGAGAAGAAAACUGUCCUGCCAGUGACCUAAAGCUCAGGAUGUCCCAUUAAUCAAAGAUACUCACCCUGGAAGCCUAAUAACCUGUUCAGAUCCAGAUCGACCACAUAACUCUUUUGUUAAAUCCACUGCUUUCUUAUGGAGCCUGACUCACCCACAACUUCUAUGAGAAAACAGAGAAACUGUAGGGACUGUCACGUGUGAGGAGAACACCUCAUUGCUGCCUGUGUACCUGCUGCCAGAAAACAAGAAGUGUCUGGCCAACUCCCUCAGCAGAUACAUUUUGCAGCAGCACAUAUGGUCAGUUGUGACAGUGGGAGAGAUGUUCAGGUGGUAGCAUUCUCUAAAGACAGACUUUUUGUUUAGAGUUCACAAGAACACAAAGUGUGCUCUGUGAUGUCCCGGAGAGGAUGCAAGCCAGGUUCUCUGGUGGAUGACCUUUCCGCCCAGCCGGAUGGUGGUCUUUUUUUAUUUUUAUGGCUCCCUCCCUUUCCCAUUUCUGCACAGAUUAAUCAGAAGGAAAACAAGUGGGUGUUGCAACAUGAUGUUGUGACUUGUUUCGAUGUUUCAACAGGGCGUGUGCCUAAGGACUGUAUCAGAGUGUUAGGGACCCAAAUCUUCAGUGCUGUACAGCAGGGGACGGCUCAAAACAACUUUUCUGUCUGGAUUUUCACUUUCUGAAAUAUGGCAACCCUAAUCUAUGUUCUAUGGAAGCAUUAGGACAGUGUUCAUGUGCAGUUGUUGAUUUUGCUAUGUUUUACUCACUUUCCAUUUGCAAAUUUCAAAUAUUUUUCUGCAUACCUUCCAUUUCACCCACAUUUUCAGAAAUUCCCUCUCCUUGUGUGUGUCCCGUUGUCCUGGCCUGCUGUUUGGAACGGGUCUUCCCCCUUCGCUGUUAAGAGGGAAGCAUAAUGUGUAACACAGAGCCAAAACCAUCCUCAUUAAGUUCUUCUCCCUGGUCAAACUAUAAACAUACUAAUAUGACAUAUACGACCCCAAAUUUUGGUGCCACUCCCAUGGCUGUCCUUCAUGGAGCUAAGCAUAAGCUGGGAAAUAGACAUGUUGCUGAUUUAUGAUGAUACCUUCCCAAAUUGGCCAACGGGGGCACCUCCCACUGCAUAAUGGCUGGCCCUGCAAACGUGGCCAGAGUUUGGUUACCAUGGCACCUCAGCUUGUUAACUGAACUCUUUGACACAGUAUAAAUACGGAACAUGCAUUUAAAAGGGGGAGGGGGAAAUCUGAUAUGCCCAGUUCCUGAUUUGUUCCUAACUCGUUUGAAGAGCCCUGUAGCUCACUGUGUGCGAGAGCUUCCCUCUGGCUUCAUGGCAUCGAAGGAACCCUAUGUUAUGACGUUAAUAUUCCAUUUAUGCAUCGUUGCCUCUUUGCCUGUGCUCUCUAGACAGUGCUGGUAGUGCUUUUAACAAUCGCCAAGCAGCUGAAACAAAUUUCUUCCCUUGCCCCUCUCCAGUUUUCAACAGGGCCUUGUUUGUUUGCUUUCAGCAACGGCUGUCGCUUCCCUGCUGAGAUGUUGUACAAGGCUGCCGCCUAGUGAGCCAAAAAUAGACAUUGUGGAAAGGGAAGGCUCAGAUCUGACAAUGAGCAGAACAAGACCAUCAUAGAAUCUUAGAAUUGUAGAGUAGGAAGGGACCCUAAGAAUCAUCUAGUUCAACCCCUUGCAAUACAGGAAUAUGCAGCUGUCCCAUAUGAUAGCUAACUGAGCUAUCAUGUGAAUGUUCAGCUUACCCAGUUCAGUUUAUGCCCUGUGUAGCAGUAGUGUCACUAGAGUCCUACUCAGGACCACUGUCACAAGGAAGCCUGAGGGGGCCUGGCCUCUCAGGGGUCUUCCAGGCCCCUCCUUCAGUGAUCAUAGUGAGCAACUGGACAGAAAUACUGCCUGCAAAUUUACGCAGGCAAUAUUCCACCCAAUUGCUCAUAACCAGGCAACUGAGAGUUAGGCGACAAGCAGUCUGGGCAUGUCCAGCAUAGUGGAAUACACCAUUAAAUAAUGAGCGGCCUUUCCCACCUAAUCUGAAUUCUAGUGUAGGUGUUGGAAAGAGGUUUUGUCCAGUAGCAGUAAGCCUGAGAUUGAGCUGCAAGUAGGAAGACUGACAGUGACUGUGUUCUCUCGCAAUGACAAUCCAGACUUCUUGGCUUGUCAUGGUUUACUUUGGAUGAGCAGCACACUUUAGUCGGUUGCCUGAUCACUUACUCCUCCCCUGGUACAAGUGUGACAAACAAAUCAAGUAGUUUAGGCUUCCCAUUCCAUCUAAACCCAGGACUAUGGUGUGUGGCUUCCUUAGUAAGUUAGCCCCAAACUAAUGGCUUCAGGCUGGCCAUUGAUCACGGUUUGUUAGGGAACAAGAGGCCACCAUCCAUGGUUUGGGUGUAAUGGGAAGCCAAAGCUUCUUGGUUUGUUCAUCCUGCUGUUUGUUCUGUGCAAACACAGGCAAUAGAUCUGUGAAAUGCUGUUUAUGCUCUUUGCUCUUACCUCAUGGUGAAUUUCACUUAAGUUUCUUCGCUAUGUUGCUAACACCAGACGUUACUGAAGAACAAGUUCCUUUGGAAACACCACUUAAUGGGUUCAAGCUGGACCGUAGAAGAUCUAUCCCUGUUCUUGGCAAAGAACCCGGAGGAUGUUCAUCCGGUGAAUGGCUCAACCCGCACCUGGAGGGAGGCUUUCAAUGAAACUGACCAUGCUGUUCUGACUAUUUCCCGCUUCAUGGAAGUGAGUCUCAUAUUUACUAGUGUUUUGAUCUUGUUCAUUAUUAUUGGGGCUAUUCCUUUUCUCUCUCCAAGUCGAUUCAGAAAGAAUAAUUUCUGCAAUAGACUGCAGAACAGAAACUGGUCCUAAGAGAUACACAAGGCCAUUUUUCAGGAUUUGGGUGGUGGGGGAAGAGCACUCUGAGAAAAGAUGUCAUCAGUGUGCCUCCUUAGCUGGCCAAGUGGACUAGAGCUUAGGUGUCCCUAAGAGUACCCAGUCCGCUGAGCCCACAUCUUUUGGGGGGAAAGCAUUUCGACUUAAUGAUGUAAGUCAAAGUCAACUCCACCAUUCUUGAUCUUAGUCUUGACACUAUGACCACUACACCACACUGGCACUGUAGCAUUUAAUCGGACAGAAAUGGUGCAUGCUUCUUAUUUCAGUGUUUGCGCAAAUAUUUGCUUCUCAAAGAAACUUCAGCCCAGGUUCUGAUUCAUUUUGUCCGUCAUGGUUGCAGUGUGUCAAUCUGGACAAACUGGAAGCCAUGCCUAGUGAAGUGCGGCUUAUCGACAAGUCCCUGGAGCUGCUGGAUCAGAGGAGGUUUUGGGCAGGCAUCGUUUUCCCCGAAAUCACUCCUAGCAGCGUGAAGUUGCCGCAACAUGUCAAGUACAAGAUAAGGAUGGACAUCGAUAGCGUGGAGAGAACAAACAAAAUUAAGGACGGGUGAGCAGUCCUCAAAGAGGCCUUGGUAGGUUCGCGAUUAACAGGAAUAGGGGUGAGAAUUCUGACCCAACUAUUGUUUUGCUUUGGUGCUAUAGGUACUGGGAUCCAGGUCCUCGGGCUGAUCCUUUUGAGGACAUGCGCUAUGUCUGGGGAGGCUUUGCUUACUUGCAGGAUGUGAUAGAGCAGGCGAUCAUCCGUACUGUGACUGGCUCCGAGAAGAAAACGGGAGUCUACCUUCAGCAGAUGCCCUACCCCUGUUAUGUGGAUGAUGUGUAAGUGACAGUCUCUGAGUGAGUGGUCCUCUGGCGUGGCUGACUCUGCUUAAGUCACAGAGUGGACCUGAGUUUUAGGGUGGCAGAUUUUGGAGAAACGUGAGCUGGUUCUUCACGCGACUGCAGAGGCAGUGACAGGAAAGAACCUCCAUGAUGGGGUUUGGGAGUCGUCUUCAAGUGGUGACAUUUUCUCAAAGAUGCCACUUCCUGGGGGAAGGCAAGCUUCUCUAUAAAGCCUCCAUGGGUCAUCUUUGAGGAAGCUUUCAAGAUGGUGGCAGGUUAGCCUCCUAGAGCAGCUCAUACUUCUUGGGUCCAAGAUAGCGCUGGAGGGGGAGGAGAGGGCAAUCUAGAUACUGUUUCCAGCAGAUAGCUCUGAAACCAAGCAGAAAUGGUCUCCCCCUUGUUUUCCCCAGCAUUCAGAACAUCGACUUUCUGUUUAGCUAUUAUGGUAGCCACUCAUAGACAAAUUCUCAUUCUUUAGAAAAGCUUUGUAAGCAGGCAGGCAGGCAGGCAGCCGCCAUCGAAUCUUGAAAGGUGAAUUACACGCUGCAUGACGAAGUAUUUCUUUUGGUCUGCCUUAAACUUGUUACCAAUAAACGAUAACCCCAAGUCUUGGCCUUCCUCUGGUUUCCCCUCUGCAGAUUCUUGCGUGUCAUGAGCGGCUCCAUGCCCCUCUUCAUGACUCUGGCUUGGAUCUACUCUGUGGCCGUGAUCGUCAAGGGCAUUGUGUACGAAAAGGAGGCCCGCCUGAAAGAGACCAUGAGGAUUAUGGGCCUAAACAACGGCACCCUCUGGCUCAGCUGGUUCAUUAGCAGCCUCAUCCCCCUUCUCAUGAGCGCUGGGCUCCUGACGCUCAUCCUCAAGGUUAGCCUGGCUCCACGUUCUCACUCCUUUGGUUAAUAGGAUGUUUAAUCCACAACUGUUGAUCUACUAUAGUGGCUUACCAUGCAAUAUUAGGAUCCCCCACUGUUCAAUUCUCACCUUAGCUACGGAUCUCUUCUUAUGUUCUUGAGUAAGUCCCACUGGGUUCCAUGGGACUUACUCCCAGGUAAGGGGAUAGAAGAAUGCAUCCUGUGGUAUAAAUUGCUUGCCUGUGCUCCCUUAAGGAUGAACAAGAACGUAAAAAUAAUAGCAGAGCAUAGUAGUCAAUGAAUACUGGUUCUGAAACAUUGGCUUCCAGUACAUUUCCAAGCACAAUGUUGGUGCUGAUCUUUAAAGCCCUAAACGGCCUCGGCCUUGUAUACCUGAGAGAGCAUCUCCACACACAAACACACCCCCCCAUUGUUCAGCCAGACACUGAGGUCCAGCUCCGAGGGCCUUCUGGUGAUUCCCUCAUUGAGAGAAGUGAGGUGACGGGGGCCUUCUCAGCAGUGGAGCCCACCCUGUGGAAUGCCCUCCCAUCAAAUGUCAAGGAGAUAAGUAACUAUACAACACAUCUGUCUUUAGAAGACAUCUGAAGGCAGCCCUGUAUCAGGAAGUUUUUGUAUAUGUUGGAAGCUGCCCAGAGUGGCUAAUAAUAAUAAUAAUAAUAAUAAUAAUAAUAAUGUCUUCAGAAAGAACACAUGAGCUCAAAGGUGACCAUUCUUUUUUUGUAAGAUGGGAUGGCUAAGCUCCUUUUCACAUAUUCCACAGUAGCAAAUGUGGGUUUGAUAGCUAAACACAUUGGCCAAGGAUCUAUAUCCUACCCUGCCAGGCCCCAUAGGACUGUCUCUGUAUGUCUGACACAUCAACUUGCUUAGGCAAACACAUGUUUCCCCCCACUUGUUAAUGUAAACCACCGCAGGUGUGUACAAAUAAUAACAGUAAUGCUAGUAAUGGUAAUAAGUUGUAAUAAUAAUAAUAAUAAAGCAAUGAUGAAAUGUGAAUUGUCAAAUGUUUCAUGGCUGUGCAACUGGUCCUCUCUUUCUCCAGAAAGGAAACCUGCUGCCCAACAGUGACCCCAGCGUGGUGUUUGUCUUCCUGUCUAUCUUUGGCAUAGUGACCAUAACACAGUGCUUCCUCAUCAGCACCUUUUUCUCAAGGGCCAACUUGGCGGCAGCUUGUGCGGGGAUCAUCUACUUUACUCUCUACUUGCCUUGCACGUUGAAUUUUGCCUGGCAUGAUUACAUGACCUUCUCUCUCAAAACGUUUGCGGUGAGUCAGUGCAAGGGGGGCGGGGUGGCGAGGGAAGGGUAGCACCGCCAGCAAGGAGAGAUCUUUUUUUAAUCUGGUCUGGGCAGACCUUCUUGGACUAAUUUUUUUUUGGGGGGGGGGUUGGUCCUGCACAUCCCCUUCCCCCAUUCCCUAAUUCUUUCAACUUUUAAUCAAACUUUAAUUGGUUUCACUACACCAGUGUAGUUGUUAGAGUAUUGAAUUAGGACCUGGGAGAUCAGAGUUCAAAUGACCACAUGGCCACGAAACUCACUGGGCAGUGUUGAGCCAGUUACCAACUCUCAGCCUAAUCUACCUCCCAGGGUUAUUAUGAAAAUAAUAUGUAUAUUACCUACACCCUUUAGCACUUUGGGGGAAAGUUGGGAUCAAGUCAGUUCAUUGUGUUUUAGCAGGCAGCCAUUAUACAAAUGAUAACUAUAAUAAUAAUAGUAAUAAAAAUAAUAAUAAUAGAGAUUUACAUUUCUGCUCCUUAACCUUUGAAGGAUAAUUCAUUUCCCAUACCCCCUUUAAGUUUAAUAGCACAGAUUUGUAGAGCCUUAGCAAGAAAUUUAGAUAUUCUGAAGUAUAUACAGUGGUACCUCUGGUUGCAAACGGGACCUGUUCCAGAGGCCCAUUCACAACCUGAACAGAACACAACCCACGUCUGUGCGUGCACGGGUUGCAAUUCGCCGCGCAUGCGCAAGCAGUGAAACCCAGAAGUAACCCGUUCUGUUACUUCUGGGUCGCUGUGGGAUGCAACCUGAAAAUGUGUAACCUGAAGCAAAUGUAACAUGAGGUAUGACUGUAUACGUCUCUACAUAGGACAGCAAAAAACAAGUCUUUGCUAGGGGUGAGCUUCCCUUCUGUGAUCUUAACAAUGGGUAAAUGUGGUUGUUUCUAAGAUCAUUAUAAAAAGGGCAUUCAAGGAGCACAUGAGUUGUAUCUUCUGUUGACACAGAGUUGCAACCACAAACACUGUCCUUCUCAGGAAUUCGUGGGAUGUGUGUGUAUGUUUCCCAUAGUGGUACUGGAAACUCUUCCCCCCAACUUAUUCCAAAUCUGCUCCAGGAAUAUUUGGUUUCGAGAUUACAUGAGUAGGGCCAAUGGUAUAGUUCCUCACCACCUGAUUGCCAGCCUCCAUACUAAACAGAUGAUAACCAGAUGGUAAGGAACUGCAUCCUUUGUCCCACCCAUGUGGAACUAGCUCAGGUACCCAUUUGGUCACAGCUGAAUCGGCUUUUGCUUUUGUUCCCUGUUGCCAUUAUGGCAGGGUUAAUCUUUCCUUGCACUGAAAACAUGAGUGAGUGAGUGAAUGCACCCAGGAUGUUAACUGGUGUUUUUCCUCUGCAGAGCCUGCUUUCUCCGGUCGCCUUUGGGUUUGGCAGUGAGUACCUUUCCCUGUUUGAAGAGCAGGGUGUUGGAUUGCAAUGGGACAAUGUCUUCAUGAGCCCUUUGGAAGGAGACAGCUACAACCUGACAACUUCUGUGUGUAUGAUGCUGUUUGAUAGUCUGCUGUAUGGGGUUCUGACUUGGUACAUCGAGGCUGUCUUUCCAGGUGAGCAGUAGCACAUCAAAUCUCUCUCCGUCUUAGCCCAUUACUUCCCAUUACCCCACUUCCCUCCCUUUGGAAGUCAGGGAUGCUUCUGUUUCCAUAUUAUUAUCCAGCCAUGGGAGAUCCCAGAAACAGCAGUCUCACAGGAGGAGGAGCGGUGACAGAUUGUUGUAGAUCCACCAAAGAUAGCAGGUGCAAGAGCCUUGAUGAGGCUGACUGUGCUCUGAAGGAAUUGUUUGAUUUGUUUAUGUGUGUUACAACGGUGGCAAGAAUAAUCUUCGUGCAAAAAAUUGAAAGAAGAAGUCCCACUGAAAGAAGAUUGGCUUAUGAAGAUGGUGGAAUAUGCUGAGAUGGCUAGACCAACUGUUAGAAUUAAAGGAGGGAACUUUUUUUGAAGAAUGGAAAUAAUCUGUGGAAUGUUUGGAAGAAAAAAUACCAUGGUUAUGUUAAAACGUAUUCAGGAUAACAACAGAUGAGAAUUGGUAGUUUAAUAAGUCAGAAUUGAUGUACAGUGGUACCUCGGGUUACAUACGCUUCAGGCUACAGACGUUUCAGGUUACAGACUCCGCUAACCCAGAAAUAGUACCUCGGGUUAAGAACUUUGCUUCAGGAUGAGAACAGAAAUCAUUCGGUGGCAGCACGGCAUCACUGGGAGGCCCCAUUAGCUUAAGUGGUACCUCAGGUUAAGAACAGUUUUGGGUUAAGAACGGACCUCCAGAACAAAUUAAGUACCUAACCAGAGGUACCACUGUAAUGGGUAAAAUGUAAGUACAGUGGUACCUCAGGUUAAAUACUUAAUUCAUUCCAGAGGUCUGUUUUUAACCUGAAACUGUUCUUAACCUGAAGCACCACUUUAGCUAAUGGGGCCUCCUGCUACUGCCACGCCACCAGAGCCCGAUUUCUGUUCUUAUCCUGAAGCAAAGUUCUUAACCUGAAGCACUAUUUCUGGGUUAGCGGAGUGUGUAACCUGAAGUGUAUGUAACCUGAAGCAUAUGUAUCCCGAGGUACCACUGUAAUAUAGCAGCUUUAGAACACUGCGGAAGGGUGGAUGGGAAGUCAGCGGAUAUGAGAGAUUUGUUGUUUAAAAGAACUUGUAAAAUCUGAAAAUGUAAUAAAAAGGUUAUGCAUUAGACAGGGCUGACUCUGCUGUUGAGCAAAGUGAGCUGGUCACCUAAGGCAGCAGAGGCUAUAGGGAAGAGGAGAGGACAGAGCUGGAUGUGGCUUGCCCUGUAUCCUUGUCCUGCAAUGGAGGAUGCUGUUCAGGUGCCAGCAUUUUAGUAGCUUUCAGGUACUAACCCAGCCCACUUUUGUGCAUGGAACAGGACAGUGGUGUUGUCUUGUCCUUCACCUGAGGCAGUGAAAUGCCUUUGGUCCUCUUACAUCACUGUUAUGAGGCUGCUUCCUCCAAAGAUCAAGGGCAGAGUGUUCCUUGCAGCCGUUAGCAAUCCUUCCUUUCCCCAGGUCUGUGGUUAGUCCAAGCACAUUCACUCCCUUGGCUGGAUUGUUUCUGGCGGGUUGAAGCUACUCCAUACAAACUACCUUUAGCCACCUCAAGGUGGGGGAAGGGUGUUUGGUAAAGUGACUAGAUAAUAUGGACAGAUCGGGCUCCAAUCUUUGCAAAAUUCAGUACUUGGAGAUGCAUCAUAUCUUCUGCACAUCUGAAUGAUUUCCCCCCAAGUCUCAUCCAGGUCAUUUUGUCCCUUUUCGUUUAGGUCAAUACGGCAUCCCCAGACCCUGGUACUUUCCCUUUACGAAGUCCUACUGGUGUGGUGAGCAAUCUGGAGAGCAACAGACCCCUUCUCUUCACAAAAAUUCAUCUGAAAGUAAGCAACUGGUGUUCUCCUCCAUUUUAUUCAGUGGCAAACCAGGCUUCUCUGGUGGAAUACUUUCCAAUGGAUAAGGCUCCCUGCUGUUCUCAGUUUGAUUUCUUAAGACCUGCAGCCCCUUGGAUUCGGGAAACCCAAUUUUUGGGGGGUCACACCCCAAUUCUCCCUCUGCCCCCUGCUGUCCAGUCCGAUGCUGAAGUAGCUUGCAGGUAUUAUAAACAUGCCGUGCCUCACUAAGUAGAUUUACUUUCCUGUUACAACAGUCUGCAUGGAAGAAGAGCCAAGUCAUCUUCACCUUGGGGUGUCGAUUCAAAGCCUGGUGAAGGUUUACCGUGAUGGCAAGAAACUGGCUGUUGACGGCCUUACUCUGAAUUUCUAUGAAGGGCAGAUUACCUCCUUCCUGGGACACAACGGCGCUGGGAAAACCACCACAAUGUAAGAGGGCAAAAUUGGUGCGGUGGGAAAACACCUUCCAAAGUCAUGCUUUGCUUUGCUUGUUUGCACUCAACUUCCCUUUUGUUAUAUUUAGGUCCAUCCUGACUGGGUUAUUCCCUCCAACUUCGGGCACAGCCUUCAUCCUUGGCAAAGACAUCCGUUCUGAGCUCAGCACCAUCCGGAAGAAUCUGGGUGUCUGUCCCCAGCACAAUGUCCUGUUUGAUGAGUGAGUCACGCUAUGAAACACCAUUCCCUCGCACCUUUUCAUUUGUUUCUUAACUAGCAAAAUUCCCACGAUUGUGAUGGGGGGGGUGUUUAGAGAGAGAGAAUCAGCAAAGACAAUAUCAGUUAUCCAACCUGGUAUAAGGUAGUUUCCUAUCAUGCCUAAUUUGGGAUUCUGCCUCUGAAUACAAUCGUACCUCGGAAUCUGUUCUGGAAGUCCGUUCGACUUCCAAAACGUUCAGAAACCAAAGUGCGGCUUCUGAUUGGCUGAAGGAAGCUCCUGCAGCCAAUUGGAAGCUGCAGGAGCCCUGUCGUGCGUUUGGGUUCCAAAGAAUGUUCGCAAACCGGAACACUCACUUCCAGGUUUGCAGCGUUUGGGAACCAAAACGUCCCAAAUACCAAGACAUUCGGGAUCCAAGGUACAAUUGUAUGUAUUUUCAUUAUCGUGUUAGCACUUUAAAACUGGAUGACAAGGAACAGACAAUAUGUGUGUUUUUUCUUACCAAAAUGUGGCCGUUCUCCCCCCACGCCUAGGUUGACAGUGGAGGAACACAUCUGGUUUUAUGCGCGCCUGAAGGGACUGUCGGAAAAGCUGGUGAAAAAGGAGAUGAAGCAGAUGGCCAUAGAUGUUGGUUUGCCUCAUAAACUCAAAUCAAAAACAAGCAAACUCUCUGGUAAAUUUCAUUUAUUCAGCCAAAUGCAACUAUUGUUUGCCUUGCUGUGUAUACCCAUGCAUGAAAAGCAUAACAAGAGAUCUUCUGGAUCAGGCCUGAGACCCAUCUAAUCUGUCUGUUGGCUUCCAAUAACUGGCAGCCUGUGGAUGUUUUGGGACUGUAACUCCCAACGUCCCUGUGUCUUGUCACAUGCAAGGUGGCUCUUUUAAAAUGAGAUUCAGAAGCAAUACAAAACACAAGUGAGUGAGAUGAUUAAAUACCGUAUUUUUUGCUCUAUAAGACUCACUUUUUCCCUCCUACAAAGUAAGGGGAAAUGUGUGUGCGUCUUAUGGAGCGAAUGCAGGCUGCGCAGCUAUCCCAGGAGCCAGAACAGCAAGAGGGAUUGCUGCUUUCACUGCGCAACGAUCCCUCUUGCUGUUCUGGCUUCUGAGAUUCAGAAUAUUUUUUUUGUUUUGUUUUCCUCCUCCAAAAACUAGGUGCGUCUUGUGGUCUGGUACGUCUUAUAGAGCGAAAAAUACGGUAUUUUAUUCUAAACAGUAAGCAGUAUAUGCAUACCAAGCAUGCACUUCAACCGGCCACUUGGAAGCCUCAAGAAGUGGCCAAGUGGCUCCCCCAGGUAGCCUCGGGUUGCAAGGCCCCUGCGGCCGAUCAGACCAUGCAUGGGCUUCUCCAAAACCCUGCCCCAAACCAUCCAAUUUAUUGAUAGCUACAUAGCUAGCCCUUGUGGCUUGCCUCACUGGCUAUGUGCAAUCCUACAUUACUAGCUGUGUGCAGAUUAUUCAUUAGCCACCCUCUCCCAAUGCCUUGAGAGGAACGCGGGUGGCACUGUGGGUUAAACCACAGAGCCUAGGACUUGCCGAUCAGAAGGUCGGCGGUUUGAAUCCCCGCAAUGGGGUAAGCUCCCAUUGUUUGGUCCCAGCUCCUGCCAACCUAGCAGUUCGAAAGCACGUCAAAGUGCAAGUAGAUAAAUAGGUACCGCUCUGGCGGGAAGGUAAACGGCGUUUUCAUGCGCUGCUCUGGUUUGCCAGAAGCGGCUUAGUCAUGCUGGCCACAUGACCCGGAAGCUGUACGCCGGUUCCCUCAGCCAAUAAAGCAAGAUGAGCGCCGCAACCCCAGAGUCGGCCACGACUAGACCUAAUGGUCAGGGGUCCCUUUACCUUUUACCCAAUGCCUCACUUUGUCCAAACCAUGUCCAACAUCAAAGAAGGUACCCAGCACUAUCACUUCCUUCCAACCAUCAAGGAGCUUAACAAGAGAUAGGGAGGGGGAAGGAAGAGGAGGCUGGAAGAGGGCAACUGAGUCAGAUCACUUAACUCCUCGAAAUACAAAUAUAUUCCAGAUAGAUUGCCCAUACACCCUGAUCAUUGACUAUUCUGUCUGGAGCUGAUGGGAGUCUAAAAUACCUGGAGGGCAAUAGGCUGGGGAAUGUUGUCUUAUACCUAAAUCUCUUCUACCAUGCAUGCAUUCACAUAAGUGCAUAGCAGCAGUUCCUCAGACCACCCCAGGUAAAGCGGAAUCGAACCCUAGAUUAAAUUAGACUGAAUCUUGUCUGUUUUUGCUUCAUAGGUGGUAUGCAGAGAAAGCUUUCAGUAGCUUUGGCCUUUGUAGGCGGCUCUAAGGUUGUCAUUCUGGAUGAGCCGACGGCUGGAGUUGACCCUUAUUCUCGCAGAGGGAUCUGGGAGCUGCUUGUGAAAUAUCGCCAAGGUACCACUUGCCUUUUCCUCUUGCGACCCAGUGAAAAGUUGCAUCUGUAUGGUGUGGGGGUUCUGCAUUGCAGCCAUGUUCCCUGACAUCUCUUUGAUGACUCCCUUCUGGUAUUGCUGGCCUUUAGAGAUUUUAGACCCCACCUUUCUCCUUCUCCUAUAUAAGUAAGUUAACGUGCAAUUUGAAAACGGAUCCACAAAUGGAACUGAAGAAGGAAGAUUGGCAAACGGAGAGGACCGUCCUUUUCUUUAUUUGUGUACCAAUAUUAAAAAGACCCCUGCUCUAUAAAAAAUCCUGGUUAGAUGGGUUUUUCUCAUUUUUUAGAAUUAAAAAAAAUGAGAUUGAAUUACAAAUUAAUUAUUAUUUUUAUUCUUCAGUAAAAUAAAGUUUAUUGUGAUGUUGAUAAGACUCCUGUUGCACCAGCCUAUAUCACUUUUGGUAAAUAUCAGUAGAGCUUCUUUGGCUGAAAUCUGUGCAUCUGUUAGCUUCAUGGUAUAUGAGACUUUUAUAUAUUUAUUUUUUUUAUUAAAUUUUUAUUAGGAAUUUAAACAAAACCUAUUAUCUUAAAACAUAUCAUCCUUAAUUCCCCCCAUUUCCCCCCUCCCUCCCAUAAAACAAUCCCCCCUCCCCACCCCCACCCCUGACUUCCCUCAGUUCCAAUCUUUGGUUUCUCUAUAAAUGCUAUUCUCUGCAUGUUACAAAAUUGUAUAGUAAUUAAAAAUUAAUUAAUUAAAGUUAGUAUGAACAGAGAGCUCAAUCGUGGGUUGCUGUUUUUAAGGACUUGAGUCAAACUAGACGAAUUAGUGGAGAUCUGCAACCAGAUCCCUCAUUUCUAUUUGUUGUUGUUGUUGUUUAGUCGUUUAGUGGUGUCCGACUCUUUGUGACCCCAUGGACCAGAGCUCGCCAGGCACUUCUGCCUUCCACUGCCUCCCGCAGUUUAGUCAAAUUCAUGCUGGUAGCUUCAAGAACACUAUCCAACCAUCUCGUCCUCUGUCGUCCCCUUCUCCUUGUGCCUUCCAUCUUUCCCAACAUCAGGGUCUUUUCCACCUCAGCUUCAGGAUCUGUCCUUCCAGUGAGCACUCAGGGCUGAUUUCCUUAAGAAUGGAUAGGUUUGAUCUUCUUGCAGUCCAUGGGACUCCCAAGAGUCUCCUCCAGCACCAUAAUUCAAAAGCAUCAAUUCUUCGGCGAUCAGCCUUCUUUAUGGUCUCCAAAAGCAACCUCAGCCCCUCCACUCUCCCACAGUUGGAUUGGGGCUAUGCUGCUGUAGGGCUAUGCUGUUUCCUUAAUGUAAACCAGCUUUCUUUCAGCUGCCAUUUGUUAGGAACAAUAUAUGGGUGCACAGUCACUAAACCAGUCUGAUAUAUUUGGCUUCUUCUCUUCCUGGUUGUCAGGUCGCACCAUCAUCCUCUCCACACACCAUAUGGACGAGGCAGACAUCCUCGGAGACCGAAUUGCUAUCAUUUCUCAUGGCAAACUGUGCUGCGUUGGCUCUUCGCUGUUCCUGAAGAACCAGUUGGGGACUGGAUAUUAUCUGACCUUAGUCAAGAAGGACGUGGAUUCCUCACUCAGCUCCUACAGGAACAGUAGCAGCACCGUGUCUUACCUGAAAAAGGUACUGCUUUCAGAAGUGCUGUCAAGGGGAGAGGGGGAGGGGCGCAGUUUGCUGAUUUCUUCUAGAAACAAUGGGGAGAUUUUGGGGCCCCUCAAGUAACAUAUUCUGUUCCUUUAGCCCACGACCAGAAAUAGUCUGUACAAUAAAAAAGGUUCUAGAUUCAGGUAGUUAGCCGUGUUGGUCUGACGCAGUCGAAAUAUAUAAAUAAAAAAUUGUCCAGUAGCACCUUAAAGGUAAAGGAAAAGGGACCCCUGACCAUUAGGUCCAGUCGUGGCCGACUCUGGGGUUGCGGUUCUCAUCUCGCUUUAUUGGCCGAGGGAGCCAGCGUACAGCUUCCGGGUCACGUGGCCAGCAUGACUAAGCCACUUCUGGCAAACCAGAGCAGCGCAUGGAAAUGCUGUUUACCUUCCCGCCGAAGCAGUACCUACUUAUCUACUUGGACUUUGACGUGCUUUCGAACUGCUAGGUGGGCAGGAGCAGGGACCGAGCGACAGGAGCUCACCCCAUCACGAGGAUUUGAACCGCCGACCUUCUGAUCAGCAAGUCCUAGGCUCUGUGGUUUAACCCACAGCGCCACCCGCAUCCCUAGUAGCACCUUAGAGACCAACUAAGUUUGUUCUUGCUAUAAUCUUUCCUGUACAUGCAUGAAAAGCUUAGUGUGUAUCUGAAGAAGUGUGCAUGCACACAAAAGCUUAUACCAAGAACAAACUUAGUUGGUCUCUAAGGUGCUAGUGGACAAUUUUUUUUUAUUUUUUUAUAUGUCUCGAAUAAAAAAGGUAAAAGAAAAAAGGUAAAGGACCCCUGGACGGUUAAGUCCAGUCAAAGGCGACUAUGGGGUUGCGGCGCUCAUCUCGCUUCCAGGCCAAGGGAGCCGGCAUUUGUUCAUAGACAGCUUUCUGGGUCAUGUGGCCAGCAUGACUAAACCGCUUCUGGUGCAACGGUACACCGUGACAGAACCCAGAGCGCAUGGAAACGCUGUUUACCUUCCUGCCGCAGUGAUACCUAUUUAUCUACUGGCACUAGCAUGCUUUUGAACUGCUAGGUUGGCAGGAGCUGGAACCGAGCAAUGGGAACUCAUCCCAUCGCGGGGAUUUGAACCGCCAACCAUCCGAUCAGCAAGCCCAAGAGGCUCAGUGGAUUAGACCACAGCACCACCAGCAUCCCUAUAGUCUGUACAAUAAUGCAGUUUGAUCAUAGCGUGUAGUCAUAGAAGGAGCUCAGUGUAUUGUAUGCAAAUGGUUCUCCACACCCCAUUUUCUCUUGAAGGCUAAGUGGAGAUUUCAACUCUGGUCUCCCAGGUCCUAGAUUGACACUCUAACCACUGCACCACACGGGCUCCUUAGAGACAUAAUAUCAGUGUCCUUUUUGUUUCUUGAGAAUUGCAUUUUUUUCCUCUCUCUCUCUCCUUUUUUAAAAAACACCCUGACUUUGUUCAGAUAAGAGAUAAUUGGAUCACCUUUUCUUUUCUCAUUAGGAUGACAGUGUGUCUCAGAGCAGUUCAGAUGCUGGACUUGGCAGUGACCAUGAAAGUGACACCUUGACAAUAGGUAAGGGAUUUAAAAAGAUAACAAAGCAUUCAGGUUGUUUCUUGUGUCUCUGUCUUUUAUAAUUUUAAGUCACCAGAGUGGGGGUGGUGUUAUUUUUAAAAAUUAUUAUUGAGAUUAGUCAAUAAUCUCAUCUGCCUGGCUUCCUCUGUGUUUUUAAAAAAGUUUUCACCCUGUCACUUUUCUGUUGCUUUCCCCAGCAAUUUUUAUUUCUUGCCUUGGACCCAAUACCUCUUCCUCCUCCUCCUCCUCCUCCUCCUCCUCCUCCUCCUCCUCUUCCUCUUCUUCUUCUUCUUCUUCCUCUCCUCCUCCUCUUUUCUCCUCCUCCUCCUCCUCCUCUUCCUCCCCUCUCUGUUUCAUUUACCGUAAAUCUUCCAUCAUUUAUUUUACUUUAUUUUCGUAAUGACAUUUGUGUACUUCUUAAUCACAAAACCUCCAAGUGCCUUACAUAAAAUAUACAUUAAAAUUAUCAAUAGAAGUCAGAGUUAAAAACCAACUUAACAAAAAAAUAAAAUGAAAAGGAGCAGUUUAAAAACACACAUUUUAAAGAUAAAACCACCUAUUUAAAUGCAUGUCAACUUUACAUAUCUGGGCAGGCUUGACUAAACAGUACAGUGAAGUUGCCUGCCGAAUUUCAAUGUGCGGGGAGUUUCAGAGGGUAAGUUCUUCUGUGCUAAAAGAUGGGUUCCUUACGAGUGUAUACUUGUAAGCCUAUAUGCAGGGAUGUUGCCCAGAGAAAUGGAUCAAAAAUCCUCAAAUAGUAAAAAAAUCUGGUUUUUGAUCAGUGUGGUGGAGAGCAAACUUUCAGCAGUGGAGGAAUUUGAUGAUCUCUUGGUUCUUCCAGAUGUUUCUGCAAUUUCUAAUCUCAUUAUGAAGCAUGUCCCUGAAGCCAGGCUGGUGGAAGACAUUGGCCAUGAGAUAACUUAUGUUCUGCCCUACGAAGCCGCUAAAGAGGGAGCUUUUGUGGAGUUGUUUCAUGAGAUUGACGACCGCCUCUCUGACCUUGGCAUUUCCAGCUAUGGCAUCUCUGAGACGACUCUGGAAGAGGUAUGUGAGCCAUGCGCUUCUUAGUGAAGAAAUACCAGCAAUUCUUUUUUUCCUCUCUCUCUCUCUCUGUCUGUCUCUCUCUCUGGUGGUAGUGGGGGAACAAUUUGCUAUCUAGUUCCCUUACGUAUGAAAAGAAGGGGGACCAGGUUUCAUCAAAGGUGUCUCUCUUUAUAACACCUUUUGCUACCUUUCUAAGCCCAGUUAUUUGCACUGAAAUAGCCACGUCCCAGAUAUGAUUGAACCAUGUGUUAAGGGGAAGCUCAGCUUUUGGGAUUUCCAAAAGCACACUAUCAUCUGAGCACGACAAAGCGCAGUGUAAAUAAGAAAACACUAAGAUGCUGGAUGCAAGAGUUUAUGUUUAAGUGGACUUUGUUUUGGGAAAUUUGACGUAUGUUCUUCUUUGAGUUUGCUUUUGAAAACUUAAUAAAAAGUAUUUUAAAAAACCAAAAAAACCCAAAAGCACACUAUCGCCAAACGUGCAGCCGUCAGUAGAAGGAAAAGUUAGAUCUUUAUGUUGAAUAGUAAGAUCAGAAUCUAGGUUUAAAUGAGAGCAGAGCUAAAGCUGGAAUUGGCGAGAGAGGUUGUUUUAACAAUUUUGGAAAUGGUAUUGGAGACCCUUUGUCCAAAAUGUGUGGGUGAAUUUCGAUUUCCACCAAACCUGAGGAAUAGCGGCAUUUCUGGAGGCAUGUGCUUUCUCUGCAUAUUCAGGGAAACCCCAUCAAAAUGUCUGAUUCCCUCACCUGCUGCCUGAAAUUAUUAAUCCAGGAGAAACUUUGCCAUGCAAUUCUCCCAGUUGUAUAAACCUGCCUGAAACUGGAAGCAGUUUGUUGAGGUUCAGAUGGCUCACCCCUUGCAUGUUCUAUUGGCAGCGUGCUCUGAAGCGGGAGGGAGGGAAUUCUAGAGAUCUUUGGGGGAAAGUAGGUCCCAUUGUGUGGCUAACAAAGGUGAGUGCAGUCAUUUCAACAUUUCUACCUUGCAGAUAUUUCUCAAAGUGGCAGAGGAGCAUGGUGUGGACGCAGAGACCUCAGGUAAAUAUGAUGUUGGCGGAUCUGACUAUUCAGACAUUAUGGUCCCCAAGGUGGGGCCUGCCAAAAAAAAAAAAUUCUGCAUGGCAGCACUUCAUUUGUGUCCAUCCUGUUUGCAAUCCUUUUUUUAAAUAUUGAUUUUUAUUGGAAAUUUUUCAGAUAUGCAUUUCCAUCAUUAAAUAUCCACCAUUGUAGUCAUAUAUUCAUCAAUUUCCCUCGUUCCCCUGCCAUGGUUCUUUAAAAAAUUUCCAUAAUUUCUGCAUAUUCUAAGAACAAAACAAAAAAAUCCAUUUAAUUUAGUCCCUCUCCCCACCCCCUAGUUAUAUCUCUCUACUGUCUUAUGCUGUUGAAUUUACUUUAAUCCUGCUAGCGUUAUUUUCCAAAUAUUCCACACAAAAAUUCCACUCCUCUUUAUAUACUUGAUAUUCUUUCUCUCUUAUUCUGCUGGUUAGGCCUCUCUUUCACCUUCCACUUUUGGGCUAACAACAUCCGAGCUGCUGUAGUUGCAUACAUAAACAAGUUUUUCUGGCUCCUGGGCACCUCUGUCUCACCACCAUUCCCAGAAAGAAUGCCUCUGGUUUGGGGGGGGUGUUUUUUGAAACUCCCCCCCCUCAUUUCAUUAUGUAUCAUUUCCCAAUACUCCUUAACUAUUCUGCAUGUCGACUACGUAUGAAAAAAAUGAUCCUUCUGCUUCUCUGCAUUUCCAACACAUAUCAGAUUCAGAUCUGUUUGCAAUCUGUUUUCAUUUUGGGGUAGCUUUCGUUAAGGGGCUAUACCAUUUGAGUUUACCCUUAGCAUGGCUGCACAGAAUAUUCAGAAACCCAUCAGGGCCGGCCCUGCUGUUAGGCAGAGUGAGGCAGUCAACUCAGGCAGCUGCUUUUGAGUGUCUUGAGAAGGCAGCAAAUUAUUGUUUGUUUGCUUGAUUUUUGUUGUGUAUGAACUGCUAGGGGAGGGAAAGGCACUUGUGAGAUUUUCUGCCUCAGGAGUUGACCUGCUUUGACUGUGCACCUUAACCUGUAAGGGGGGGGGGCAUUUGUAGCAAAAUGUCUUGGGCCAGCCUUGACAAGCCCGAGGGGCUGGAGUUUGGAGUGUGAUGCUGCUGAACUCCAGCUCCCACCUGCCCCAGUCAACAUUGCCAGUGGCCAGGGAUGAUAGAAGUUGUAGUGAAUCAACCUUUGAGGAGGGAGAGGAGGCACAAGUUCCCCUGGCCUAGAGAGGUGUGUCUCUCUCCCUCUAUUCAACUCUCAGUUUUGAACCAAACCUGCAUUCAUCUCAUAACACUUUACAUUUCCCUUGCAACUUGAAGAAUGCACAUGCUAUUUCCUUGAAGCUGCAUUCUAUCUAGGGUUCUUACUACUGAGAAAAUGAAACAAAAUGGAAGCCCACCUGAAGACUUCCUGCUGCAACAGUUCAUCAGUGUCACUUCUCUAGUUAGCGUUAGAAGAAGAUGGAGCCUGCUGAACCUCAGGGAGCUAACUCUUGAGCUUUCCCUUUCAGAUGGCACGUUACCAGCCAGAAGAAACCGCGUCUUUGGAGACAGGCAAAGCUGCCUCCGUCCAUUCACAGAAGAUGAUGCUUUUGACCCCAAUGAUUCCGACGUGGACCCAGGUAAAAGAUGAAAAGGGUCCCUGCAUGUUUCAUGGAGCCAGGCGGAUGGGGGCUACUUCAACCCAGAGCGUGUAGGAGGAAAUCCAGAACUAGAGGGACCCCUCCCCCCACAGCAGAUGGCUCUCCAACCUCUGCUUGAAAACUCCAGGAAGGGAGAGCCCAUAAUUGGUCUCCCUUUACUGAAGUAUAAUACAGUGGUACCUUGGUUUAAGAACAGCUUAGUUUAUGAACAACUUGGAUUAAGAACGCUGCAAACCUGGAACUAGGUGUUUUGGUUUGUGAACUUUGCCUUGGAAGCAGAACAUGUUCCGCUUCCUGUUGAGUGUAAAUUGAGUCCCCCGCUGCUAUGGGAAAGCACGCCUUGGUUUAAGAACACUUUGGUUUAAGAACGGACUUCUGGAAUGGAUUAAGUUUGUAAACAAAGGUACCACUGUAUGUUAUACUGCAUUUAAAGAGUGAAACACCAUCGCUGAUAGGCUAAGGCAUGAUAUAUAGGGGUCAGCAAACUUUUUUAGCAGGGGGCUUGUCCACUGUCCCUCAGACCUUGGGGGGGUGGACUAUAUUUUUUUUUUGGGGGGGGAACGAAUUCCUUUGCCCCACAAAUAACCCAGAGAUGCAUUUUUAAUAAAAGCACACAUUGUACCCUUGUAAAAACACCAGGCAGGCCCCACAAAUAACCCAGAGUUGCAUUUUGAAUAAAAGGACACAUUCUACUCAUGUAAAAACACAUUGAUUCCCAGACUGUCUGCGGGCCGGAUUUAGAAGGCGAUUGGGCCGGAUCCAGCCCCUGGGCCUUAGUUUGCCUACCCAUGAUGUACACCCUACAUGUUAAUCACCUGAUGGCCAUGUCGGACCAUCAGACUGAAUCGUCAAGUGAUGAGUAGUCAAGUGUUUUCCAUGCAUGUGUGAGCCGGCUCUUAGUCCCAAUUCAGCCCAAGCCAGCCAACAGAACCCCAUAAAACCUCUAGCCAAGUGUGACAAUGGACCGGGAAGAGCAGUCCCCAACACCUUAUCUCUGGAGGUUUAUAACUGCAAGUUCAGGAUUCCAUAAAUGUAGGCCAGACAAACUGCAUUAUGGAUUCACGUACAAGUCUGUUACCAAUAUUGGUGAGGGUUUCUCUGUUGUGUGCCUGCCAGCAUUUUCCUUCAGCUACAUCAAAGGCAAGAGGAGCUGGCGUGCCUUCAACCUCAAAAGCUUGUAAGAACAUUUGGAUGAUGUAAUAUAUUUCUCCCUGCUUAAAUAUUCAUCCUGCUUCUUGCAUUUGAUGAAUAGGUUAAAUCAGAGAACAUAUCUUGCCUAGGGGAGAUUGCUUGGCUUAGGUGAGAGAGGGGUGAAUGUUUCAUGACCUGCAAUUGUUUGCCUGCAGAAUCGCGAGAGACCGACCUGCUGAGUGGGAUGGAUGGCAAAGGAUCUAGCCAGAUCAAGGGCUGGAAGCUGAUGCAGCAGCAGUUUGUAGCUCUGCUAUGGAAGAGGCUGCUUAUUGCCAAACGCAGCAGGAAAGGUUUCUUUGCCCAGGUGAGAUGGGCUCUGCCUGCUACAAAAGGGGAUGGGUGGGUUGUAUUUUAUUGGUUUCUCAAAAACAUUUUCCUCUUGUUUCAUAAAUGCACCGCUUGAGACAGAUUCUGUCUUACAGGCAAGUUUUCACCCAGGUUGUUUCUGGAAUUUGAUAGAAUCUGGUUAGCUGACACUCAAUAGCAGCUAGCAGACUUGAAAAAGCAGAACUGAUAUGAACACCCGUCUAAUCCAAUCUAAGCAGGCUACUUUUGAUAGUGAGUUUCGUUUGUCAUCAUUACCGCCAGAGGGCAGUGUGGUUAAAUAAGUCUGCAAUUCAGUGACCAAGUUGACUCAGCUGUUGGUGUCAAGGUUUUAGAAGUGGGAAGAACCAAGUCCCAGUGUGAGCGUGAGGGGGCAUUCUUAUUUCUCAGACCAUUUGAUGUGAACGACUCUAAUUUAUAAUUUUCAGAUUGUUCUCCCAGCGGUCUUCGUCUGCAUUGCUCUUAUAUUUAGUUUGAUUGUGCCUCCCUUUGGUAAAUAUCCCAGCUUGGAGUUGCAACCAUGGAUGUAUGAUCAGCAGUACACGUUUAUCAGGUACGUAUCAAACUCUGCAAUGGAGGUGGGAGGGAGGAUAGAAGUAAAAUGUGAACUUUGCGAUGAGAACGCCAGCUGUUUUUUUGUUACUGCACUGGUACCUUGGUUCUCAAACUUAAUCUGUUCCAGAAGUCCAUUCCGAAACCAAAGUGUUCCAAAACCAAGGCGUGCUUUACCACAGAAGGUAAUGCAAAAUGGAUUCAUCAAUUCCAGACUUUUAAAAACAACCCCUAAAACAAUCAUUUAACAUGAAUUUUACUAUCUAGCGAGACCGUUGAUCCAUAAAAUGAAAGCAAUAAAUAAUGUACUGAAGUCACACAAUCAAUCAAUCAAUCAAUCAAUCAGUAGCUGAACUGGGUUCCACACAGUCACAAAAACAAAAGAGCCACAAAAAUGUGAAAUAAAUAGCAAAAACAGACUGACCUCAGCAUAACACUCAAAACGGAAGCGUGGCACUCAAAUUGGAAGUGUAACACUCAAAACGGAGCACAUUCGGCUUCCGAAAAAAGUUCGCAAACCAGAACACUUACUUCCGGGUUUGCAGUGUUUGGGUUCCAAGUUGUUUGAGUCCCAAGGCAUUUGAGAACCAAGGUACCACUGUAUUACUCAGCCUUCCUGCCCAAAUAAAAUUUGAUCUAUUCCAAACAAUAAAAGUAUUAACAAUAAGGCACAGAUACUGUUGCUUGAAGCAAAGACUUCAUCUCCCUGAACGCUUCUCUGUUCCUAUGCCUCAGCGUGUUGGUUGCUUUCUCUGCCUGCGCUGUAGUUCAGGCCCCUGAUGGUGUCUUUGGUCCCAUAGCAAUGAUGCUCCAGAAGACACAGGAAUCCAGAAGCUUUUGGAUGCUCUCCUCAACAAACCUGGUUUCGGUACCCGCUGCAUGGAAGGAUACUCCAUUCCGUAAGUGGGACCUUUGCAAAACCCUUGUGGAAAGCGGGGGUUGGAGUUGGAGGUGAAGUCCGCUCUCUUUCCUUAAUGCCUCUCUUUGAAGUUAUUGUCAAGGCUGUGUGUGUGUAUAUCUUGAUUCUGUGGGAGCUGCCAAAUGUGGCAUUGACUGCAGAAUGCAGCUUAUGAAAAAGAUCUCUGUUUACGACUUUAGCCAAUAUGUUGGGAAGUGCAUGCUAUGGGGAAAUCCUGAUAAAAUCUCAGCAGCCCAGAGAAGUCACUGAAUAGGGUCGGAGCUACACUCAUCAUUUAUGACGUUAAAAAUGCGUCACUAAAAUGUGACAGCAGAGGGCGCUUCAGAGCAGCAAGCCACCAGCAAUGGAAAACUGCCAUUAAGAGUUAUAGAACAUUCUGUUAACAAUGUUUAGAAGAUCAAUAUACCUCAUGUUACAUCUGCUUCAUGUUAAGUUCUUUCAGGAUACGUCCUCUGGCGACCCGGAAGUACCCGAAAGGGUUACUUCCGGGUUUUGCUGCUUGCGCAUGCGCAGAAGCGCAAAAUGACGUCACACACAUGCGCAGAAGGGGCAAAUCGCAAGCCACACGUGCGCAGAUGCACCACUGUGGGUUGCGCUCUUUUAAUGUUGUGAACAGGCCUCCAGAACGGAUCCCGUUCACAACCAGAGGUACCACUGUAGAUCCAGCCUAGGCUUCCAGUAUUUUAAAGUGGGGCUUCAGUGCCCUGUCCCUUCUGGCCACUCAUCACAUCACAGCAUCGUAACUAUCACCUAAAGCAUGAUACCGUUCCUGAAGUUAUAAGUUUGGCGAACCAUAAACACAACAACAAUUGUUAUUUUUAUUAUAACCCAUUUCCUCUCAACCGUAAUCUACUUAAAGUGCAACUUAAAAGUGGGACAGAUGGACUGACCACAACAGCUGCUAGCGCAUAGCAGGUGACAAAGACAACCUGGUGGACGAUAUGAUUACUGAAACACUUCGAUGUUGACUCUGCCCUUCUGCCUUUUUUCUGUGCAGGAAUACUCCUUGCUCAGUAGGCGAAGAGGGCUGGACCACUGAUCCUGUGCCUGAGGAAUUGAUGGAAAUCUUCCAGAACGGCAAUUGGACUAUGGAGAACCCCUCCCCAUCGUGCGUCUGUAGCAACGAGAAGGUGAAGAAGAUGCUCCCAGUUUGCCCAGCAGCAGCUGGUGGCCUCCCUCCUCCCCAGGUAAAAAAUACUUUGAUAUGUAGAAAAGACUAGGUACAGGGGGGUUUUGUGUGUAAAGUUACAUAUGCUUUUUAUGUACAAUUGUAAGCUGCCCUGGUUUUUUAAUAAAUGAAUUAGCAGCAUAUAGAUAUCUUUUUAUAAACAAAUAAUAAAAUAAACACUUUCUGCCAACACUUAACAAAGCACACCAGGCAACUCCAAACAUCCAAUGAUGAUAAUAAUGAAGUAUAACAUAUAUUUAUAUAUUCAAGAGUAACGUUUUUUAGUCUGAAUAAAAGAGGCUUUUGAGCUAUUCAUAAUAACUAGUCAAAACACUCUCGCCGGAUCCUGUACGAUUCCAGAGUAAGUGCAGCAAGAACUGAACCUUCCUGUGGGCACCUAACAUGUGUUUUUAGAUUUGCCAUGGUGCCUUUGUCUAGUUUUCUCAUUAUGGCUAUAUCUUGUUUUAAUCAGCCAUGAGCUGAUUAAAUUCCAUCAGGUUUCCACACAAAAGCUCUAUGUUUCUUCAUAGCUUUAGAUUUCAGGUAGACCAAAUGAAUGACAUACAGCAUUCGAGGUAUUUCAUAGCCAAUAAAACCCUUGAUUUAUCUUUUCGGUUUCUUCUUUCCCCCGCAUUGGCCGCAGAGAGUACUGAACACUACAGAUAUCCUGCAAAACCUGACAGGUCGCAACAUUUCUGAUUACCUGGUGAAGACCUAUGCACAGAUCAUCGGGAAAAGGUACCUGAUGUGCAGCAUGCUUUAACAACAUGAUGUCCUCCCAGUUGUUUUUGGACUCCAUCUCCAAUUACCCCAGCCUGUCAGGGAGGAUGGAAGUUGUAGUCCGAGAACAUCUGGAGGUUGCUAUGUUUGUCCCUGCUUUACUUCAUUGUAUCUGAUGUAACAACCUCCUUUUCUCUUCUUUUUGCAUUCACAGUUUGAGCAAUAAGUUUUGGGUGAAUGAAUUCAGGUAAAUACACCUUUCUCUUUGUCUUUUUUUGGUGAAGCUUGUUCAUUCCCAAAUGCCCCACUCCUGCCUCUAGUUUCAGAAUGAUAGGAACUCCUGAAAUACAUUUGCAGGAUUAGAUCAUUAUUUUUACCCAGUAAUUAUUCACUCAGUGUAUCUGACCACUGGGAGAUAAUGUGACUCACAGGCAUGUACGAAAUGGCUUUCCACUGUAUGUAUAUAUGUCAACAGGCAUCUUUAUGUCCAAGAUUAUAGUGUACAUUAUUAUUUUAUUAUCUCAGUCAGUGUGAGGCUCCAGAGAGCUGUGCAUCCCAACAAUUUAAUUUCUUUUUGUUGAGUAGCAGACCAGGAUUGCAAACCUGAAAUUGCUGACAAGAAAAGCAAAAGUCUCUUAAUGGAGGGGGAAGACUCAUAUACGCAAACCAUAAAAAUUAAUCUGGUUUAAUGUGUUCCCAGGUAUGGUGGCUUUUCAUUGGGAGCCAGUAGCUCUCUGGUGCUUCCUCGCCGUGAAGAAGUUAAUGAAGCAAUCAAGCAAGUGAAGAAAAUCUUGGAAAUAGCCAAGGUAAACAGAGCAGAGAUUUCUAUGCGAAAAUAAAUAGCUUAGGCCUUGCUACUUGAUUUGGAAUUCAGGUGGUCUUUUGGGAAAGGGUAGGAAGGAAUUCUAAAACAGCUAAACAGUGCAAACUUAGGUACGCAAGAUUGCAAUUCUAUAACAACUCACCUGGGAGUAAGCCCUAGUGAACUCAAGGGUAUUUCUGAGUAUACCUGUGUAGGAUUUCCCCCCCACACAAGCAUAUUCCAAUUCAUGUUCUUUGUUAUUAUCUCUUUUAGGGGGGCUCUGGAGAACGGUUCCUUAACAGCCUGUCGAGCUUCAUGAAGGGCAUGGACACGAAUGAUAAUGUAAAGGUAAUUCCACCUGCUUGUUCUGUAUCCUAGUAGCCCAGGUGCAAGUUGUUCUUGAAUGUCCACAGAGGCUUCUCUCAAAGUUUAACAGCUAAAGCACUUGAUAAUAAAAUAAAAUCGAAGGCAUGCUUCACUGAGACACCCAGAAGCCUUUCCUCUUACUAUGUUUGAAAUUAACCUGGUAAGAGAAAAGGCCAAAUUUGCAAUAAACCGGUGGGGAGCGUCUACAGUUUGAUUCCCGAAGUGAAGAGCUUCUGCGUUACUCGUUGUUAAUUCCACUGUGCGCCCUUUCCAGGUGUGGUUCAACAACAAAGGCUGGCACGCCAUCAGCGCCUUUCUCAACAUAAUGAACAAUGCCAUUCUGCGCGCCAGCCUGCAAGAGGGGGAGGACCCCAGUGCUUACGGCAUCACGGCCUUCAACCACCCUCUGAACCUCACGAAGCAGCAGCUCUCGGAAGUCGCCUUGUACGUCCCGGAAGCGGGUGGAUGGGGAGAGGAUAAGGGGAGAGGGGAAAUUACCUCCUUAAAAUUAAACAGGAGAGUUAAGUCCAGUUUCUGCUUCGGCAGCUACAGAGCAUGGUAGAAACUGGCCUGUUUCCAUGGGUACUCCUAACCAAAGAUGUAGCUGAGCAACGGGUUACGGUGCACCCGGUCAAAUCUACAAGCUCAUUUCUCACCCUCUUUUGAAAUUUCUCUUUGCUCAGUAUGACAACAUCGGUGGAUGUUUUGGUCUCCAUCUGCGUCAUCUUUGCCAUGUCCUUUGUCCCGGCCAGCUUUGUGGUUUUCUUGAUCCAGGAGCGUGUCACUAAGGCCAAGCACCUUCAGUUCAUCUGUGGCGUGAAGCCAGUGACCUACUGGCUGGCUAAUUUUGUGUGGGAUAUGGUAAGGCUAUAUAUGUUUCUGCAUUAUCCCCCCCCCCACUUUUGUCUUUAGAGAGAGAACACAUUCUAUCAAAGAGUGCAUCUGAAGUGUGUAUUGCAUGCCUAUCCCCACACUCUGACCUGCUAAGAGAGUAAUAUAGGCAUCAUGAAGUCUCAUCAGGCUUCCUUCCCUUUUCUGUCCAUCUACCUGACAGUGUUGUGCAAAGGAGAGAUAAUUCUGCUUCCUGCACUAUGUUUGUCUCACUGUGGUUGCAAUCUGGAGAAGCUCAGUUUUGUCCGUUGCUUGACUUUAGGGUUGCUUUCUAUGCAUAGCUGUCAACUUUUCGCUUUUCUUGCGAGGAAUCCUAUUUGGAAUAAGGGAAUUUCCCUUUAAAAAAAGGGAAACAUUGACAGCUAUGUUUCUAUGAUAGGGGAAAAACCCUACCCUGUCUAUGGUCAUCUGAAUCCUUUAAGCUGGAGCUAUUCUGAUUGCAUUUUCCUUUCUCUCUUUUCAACUUGCAGUGCAACUAUGUAGUUCCAGCCACCUUGGUCAUCAUCAUCUUCAUUGGCUUCCAGCAGAAAUCCUACGUGUCCUCAAGCAACCUUCCCGUGCUGGCUCUUCUCCUCUUGCUCUAUGGGUAAGGGAGGCCCUUUCGGCUCAGGUGCUGACAACCGAUCAAGAUGUAGCAAUGGGGUUCCUUAAUGUCACAUCCUUUCUGUUUCCCAGGUGGUCCAUAACGCCUCUCAUGUACCCGGCAUCCUUUGUGUUCAAGAUCCCUAGCACAGCAUACGUGGUGCUCACCAGUGUGAACCUCUUCAUCGGUAUUAAUGGGAGUGUCGCCACUUUUGUCCUCGAGCUUUUCACCAGCAAUGUGAGUUCUUGGUGGCUGCAGCCAGCAUGCUUUGCUGUUUGCUGUGCUUUAUUUUUUUUUAAAAGAUUUGAUAAAAGUUGAAUUGAUUAAUUCAGCCUGCUCCGUGGCCUUUCAGAUUUCAGCACAGAAAUACUAGAUGGUUGCUAAAAGGUGAAUUAGUCACAUCUUUGUGAUUUUGCUUAGAUUUCCUAAUUUAUUCCAAUUGAGAAAUAUUGCCGGAAUUCAGAAUCCUUUAAAAAAAAUACAUCUUUGAGUUGAUAAGCGAAAGGAAUGGAUGUACAUUCUGUAGCAAUAGAGAAGUAGGUGAAAGAGACUAGGAGGAAACUGAAGUAUAGAUGCUCAGGUAAUUCGUUUGCCCUCUAUUUUGCUUUAAGGAAUUCAUUCCUCUCCUCCUAGCCUAACACUGUAACCACAGGGAUGUAGCUAGUUCCUCUGGUACCCGGUGCGGCGGGGGCAGAGCAACCUGCCCAUGGGGCUGCCGCCCCAAUCCUUAUGUGGGGGCGGCUGCCGCAAGCCUCGCAUGGGCCCCCCCAAAUGGAUCAACGUGUCGGCAAUCCACCGAGGGGUGACAAGAUUGCUCCCCGAGCGGAUCUGCUGCUCCAAUUGGUGCGUUGGUGAUAAUAAUAAUAAUAAUAAUAAAUUUUAUUUAUAUCCCGCCCUCCCCAGCCGAAGCCGGGCUCAGGGCGGCUAACAACAAUAAAACAGUACAAAAGUACAGCAUAAACAACAGUCUAAAAUCAUUCAUUAUAAAAUUAAUUAAUUCAAGCCACUGGCAACCAUUGGGCCAGAGCUCCGCGAAGAUUGCCGAGGGAGGGAGUCAGGCUGUGCCCUGGCCAAAGGCCUGGUGGAACAGCUCUGUCUUGCAGGCCCUGCGGAAAGAUGUAGAGUCCCGCAGGGCCCUGGUCUCUUGUGACAGAGUGUUCCACCAGAUCGGAGCCACAGCCGAAAAGCCCUGGCUCUAGUUGAGGCCAGCCUAACUUCUCUGGGGCCUGGGACCUUCAAGAUGUUUUUAUUCGAAGACCGUAAGUUUCUCUGUGGGGCAUACCAGGAGAGGCGGUCCCGUAGGUACGAGGGUCCUAGGCCGUAUAGGGCUUUAAAGGUUAAAACCAGCACCUUAAACCUGAUCCUGUACUCCACCGGGAGCCAGUGCAGCUGGUAUAGCACCGGGUGAAUGUGAUCUCGCAGCGAAGACCUCGUAAGGAGUCUCGCUGCAGCAUUCUGCACCCGCUGGAGUUUCUGGGUCAGUCUCAGGGGCAGCCCCACGUAGAGCGAGUUACAAUAAUCCAGUCUGGAGGUGACCGUCGCAUGGAUCACAGUGGCUAGGUCAGGGCGAGAGAGGUAAGGAGCCAACUGCUUAGCUUGGCGGAGAUGGAAAAAUGCCGCCUUUGUUAUAGCUGCAAUCUGCGCCUCCAUGGAAAGGGAGGUGUCGAAGAUUACACCCAAACUCUUAACGGACGGUGCUGGCACUAAAUGCGCCCCUGCAAGAGAUGGGAGUUGCCCCCCCAAUCCCAUAUCGCCCCGUCCCAGCCACAGGACCUCUGUCUUCGAAGGAUUUAGCUUCAACCGGCUCCCACGAAACCAUCCAGCCACAGCUUCCAAACAUCUAGUCAGUGUGUCUGGGGCCGAGUCAGGAUGGCCAUCCAUCAACAGAUAGAGUUGGGUGUCAUCGGCAUACUGAUGGCAACCCAGCCCAAAACUCCGAACAAGCUGGGCGGGGGGGCGCAUAAAGAUGUUGACAAGCCCCGGGGUGAGUCUCGCCCCCUGAGGUACUCCACACACCAAGGAGUGGCGCGAUGACAAUUCCCCCCCAAGCGCCACCCUCUGUCCCCGACCAGAGAGAAACGAGCGCAGCCAUUGAAGGACUGUGCCCUGGAUCCCCACGUCGGCAAGGCGGUGGUCUAGAAGUUCGUGAUCGACCAUGUCGAAAGCUGCUGACAGAUCUAGAAGAAUCAGCAGCCCCGACCCGCCUCGAUCCAGCUGUCUACGAAGAUCAUCUGUUAGGGCAACCAGAGCCGUCUCGGUCCCAUGACCAGUGCGGAAGCCGGACUGGAAUGGAUCCAGAGCCGAUGUUUCAUCCAGAAAACCACCAAGCUGUUCAGCAACCGCUCUCUCAAUCACCUUACCCAGGAACGGAAGAUUCGAAACCGGGCGGUAAUUGGAUAGAUCUAAAGGAUCUAAUGAUGUUUUCUUUAAGAGCGGGCGCACCACUGCCUCCUUCAGUUCCCCUGGGAAUGUCCCCGUGCCAAGGGACAAAUUGAUGAUAUCCCCAGGAGGGCCCGCACCUCGUCUGGACACGCUCUAAUCAGCCAAGACGGGCACGGGUCGAGAGGACAGGUGGUGGGCUUUCCAGCUCGGAGGAGUCUGUCCACAUCGGCUGGGGAUAUCCGGUCGAAGUGGUCCAAUACUGGACCCGAGGACAGUCGAGGGGCCUCCAGUUCCUUUAUUGUAUCCAAAUUGGCCGGGAGGUCAUGAUCCACCCGGGGAGGGGCAAUCUUGUCACCCUCCUUAGGCAUGACACCCGAGGUGGGGCGCCCCUCCACCCCCCCAUAUCCCUAAGCCUGUGUGUACACAAACAUGUGAAUACAUACAGGUAAUGGCCUUUGCAUGUGACUAGAAAUCCAGGCAGGACCUAUCAAGAUCACAGUAAAAAUGCAGUCGCAAAUACCUCUGGGAGUGAAGAGACAUCCUGCUAUGCCAUCCCUUCCAAGGAAACUGUACGGAAAAAAAUAUACAGUGGUGCCCCGCAAGACGAAUGCCUCGCAAGACGGAAAACCCGCUAGACGAAAGGGUUUUCCGUUUUGGAGGUGCUUCGCAAAACGAAUUUCCUAUGGGCUUGCUUCGCAAGACGAAAAUGUCUUGCGAGUUCCUGCGGGGGUUUUUUCCUCCCCCCCCCCUUUUCCCAAGCUGCUAAGCCGCUUAUCAGCUGAUCCGCUAAGCCGCUUAACAGCUGAUCCGUUAAGCCACUAAGCCGCUUAUCAGCUGAUCUGCUAAGCCGCUAAGCCACUUAACAGCUGAUCACUAAGCCCGCUAAGCCGCUAAUAGUGCUAAGCCGCUAAACCGCUAAUGGGCUUGCUUCGCAAGACGAAAAAACCGCAAGACGAAGAGACUCGCGGAACGGAUUCUUUUCGUCUUGCGAGGCACCACUGGAGCUGGACCCAUAGGGGCAACCGCUCUCCUUUUGUACAAUGUCCCUAGAUGACAAGGAGCCUAGGUGAGCCUUAGGUUCACAUGCUCCCACACCCCUCUGGCAUGGCCACGAGGAGGAGAUUAGAAGUUUUUGCUUCAACUAACUACAGUUCAGCAUUACAUCCGAACCCUAAACUGAAGUUUCCCUUAAUUUAUAGUUUGUUGGAACAAGGCAGCUUCAUGUAACCCAUGGUUUGAAGCUGCCUUAUUCCAAACAAACCAUAGUUCAUAUUAAGCACAGUUUUGUUGGCGUCAGAUGAAACAAAAGCUGCGGUUUAUCCAAAACAGUAGCAAAAGCUUCCACACUUCUUGUGGCCGUGCUGGAGUAAAAGAAAAGUGUGUCACUCUGACAUGCAUCUAGGCUCAUUCUUGUGUGACAUCUGAACCAGAUCAGGUUCUGUUUCAGAGUUCAACAUUGGAAGGUUCCGGUCCAUUUGGAUUGAACACAGUGGACCAAUUUGCCUGUCAGAGUAAGUCAAACAGCAUGCUAGUGAACACCGCCCAGUUGCUCCUGCCUUGCCCCUCUCCUUGUACAGACAAGAACAACAAGCCAUGGAGUUUGUACUGUUGUUAUGUCCAAACUGGUAUUGUGAUUUGUUUCUUCUGGAAAAAAUGUUGAAGAAUCCAAAGUUUGAACCUGGCAUGUUCAGGAAAAACAAAGCACAACCGUGGUUCGUAUGUAACAGCAAGCCAAGGCUUGAUGGCCUGUUGCUUGUAUCAGUGGAAGAGCAGAGCUUCAGGGCUGCAUUCACUAGCACUCUGUUCGCUCAUGGUAAGCCAUUAAUUUUGGCUUCAAUAAUGCGACGUUGCCCUUAAAUCUGCCACAUUUUUAACCCCAAACCAACCUGAAUUCUUUUAUGCCAAAGAAAUAAGUCCUUAAUCUCGAAAUCAGUUUAGUCUUUAAUUUCAGUGGGUGCAUGCUUCAUUCUGGAUAAGUUCUCUGAGUUUUUCCAUUCUCUGCCUCUUGAUAUGUGUCCCUUUUUUGUUGUCGUGGUAAAUUUCCAAGCAACUGACUGCCACUGAUUUUGUGUCUUUAGAAGCUGACCAACAUCAAUGACAUCCUGAAGUCAGUAUUCCUCAUCUUCCCCCAUUUCUGCCUGGGCCGGGGCCUGAUUGACAUGGUGAAAAAUCAAGCUAUGGCGGAUGCCCUAGAAAGAUUUGGUAAGUGAGCUGUUGGCCUAGUGCCAUCAUCCUGUUGACAUGCACCCAAGGAAACGGGGGCAAUUGGCAGGCCCCCAGGUGGCUCCAGCUGGCUCCAGCCCACAAACUCCGGUCCUUGGUGCAGCAUAAAUCUGCGGCCCAGGCUUCAGAAGACUGAGUACGCUAUGCAGCAGAGAAAACACUGCGCAAACAGAAGCGGCACAAGAGGCUGUGUGGGCAUAUUUACAAGCAGGUUUAUUCAGGACAAAAGGAAAACAUGUCUGAUCUCCUUCGUGUCCAAAGCAAAACAGGAAACUAUACACAAACGGAAGUUCCCAUCAUACUGUGCUGGAAUGUAAACAGACAUGUGACAUGCAACAAUUCCAUACGUCUGUCCCUUAAGGUGGAACGGAAUUCUCAACACGUCCUAGAUUGUGGAGGCUUGGACUGUAAGGCACUGUUGGGUGGAUACUCUGAAAUCAAACAACCCACAUUUUGCACUGAGGAAACUGAAUUUUACAACCUGUAUAAAGUAUGCAAAUUAAGUGCAUUUGUGUACUCUUAUUUAUUCUGCAAUUCUUAACCAUUUUACACAAUGUAGAGGGAGGCCAAAAAAAUUAUGCUCUUCUCCACCACAACCAUUGGAAAACUUAAUUGGCCACUUGUUUGUCUUCAGAUAUUUCAGCAGCCUUUACUCAACGUAGUUCCAAGCAUAACUUUGCAACCAUUUGGGAUAGGAAUGUCCUUUCAAAAGUACUGUUUGUCGUCAGGAACAUUAGAGUAUGAGAACCACUUUGCACACAACCAAUCUUUUAGGUGUUCAUUCUAAGAUGCUUUAAUUUACAGUGGUACCUCAGGUUAAGAACUUAAUUCGUUCUGGAGGUUCGUUCUUAACCUGAAACUGUUCUUAACCUGAAGCACCACUUUAGCUAAUGGGGCCUCCCGCUGCCACCAUACCGCCGCUGCACGAUUUCUGUUCUCAUCCUGAAGGCAAAGUUCUUAACCUGAGGUACUAUUUCUGGGUUAGCGGAGUCUGUAACCUGAAGCGUCUGUAACCCGAAGUGUCUGUAACCCUAGGUACCACUGUAUGUGUAACAAGUGGCAACAAAUUCACAUUUUCUAGCACAUGUAUCAUGUUUACAAACUGGGGGGCCAGGAUUGACUCUUAGAUCAGAGGUAAACUCAGGGGUUUCCUGUGUAGCGUGUGGAAAAAAUCCUUGGUAAUUUACAAAUUACUGAAAUUAGAACAUCUCAGGUGCCAGCCAUCAGGUUUGCUGAGUGUUUAAAUUGUGUCUCUGUUGCGACGAACAUCUGAGGUAUAUUAAAGAUCAGUACAGUGUGUGUUGCUCUUACGUACGAGCUUGUUGCAUACAGUGUUGUAAUAGGGAGCUUUCCUAGACGUCUGAUCAGACAGUUGAAUGACAGCCUCUGCUCUUCCCCAUUAGGCGAGAACCGCUUUGUCUCCCCUCUCUCCUGGGACCUGGUGGGACGGAAUCUUUUCGCCAUGGCUGUGGAAGGAGUCGUCUUCUUCCUCAUCACUGUGCUUAUCCAGUACAGGUUCUUUAUCAAAUCCAGGUAAAAUGGCCUUUGUGACAAUGAACACCCAUCCUGGGGAAAGGCAUAUGCAGAUUUUGAGGAUCCAAAUAAUUGGGGGGGGGAGCGUGGCCAAGACAAGCGUCUCUACCACCCCUCCCCACAGUAAGUGAAGUCAGAAAAGAGGAAACACAGGGAGCAAUAAUAGCACCAGAAACCCAUGCUUCAUUCAUUCAUUCAAAAGCAUUUUAUCCCACUCCUCAGCCAAAAAUAAACUCCCCAAGCUGCCUACAAAUGUUAAGGUCCACACCUUUAAAUGUAAGGUGGGAAGUGGCUCGCGGAAUUGUGUGUUAAUUUCCAGGAUGUGCAGGGAGCUGGCCAUUAGCUAAAGAGUGAGUUGGAACCUUAAUUAUUUACAAAAGAGAUUGUUUACUCCUCCUUUCUCCUGCCCACCUAGCAGUUCGAAAGCACGUCAAAGUGCAAGUAGAUAAAUAGGUACCACUCCGGCGGGAAGGUAAACAGCAUUUCCGUGCACUGCUCUGGUUCGCCAGAAGCGGCUUAGUCAUGCUGGCCACAUGACCCGGAAGCUGUAUGCCGGCUCCCUCGGCCAAUAAAGCGAGAUGAGUGCCACAACCCCAGAGUCGGCCACGACUGGACCUAAUGGUCAGGGGUCCCUUUACCUUUUACACCACCUUUGGAAUGGGAUCCAGAAGUCUAGGACUGGUCUGCCUGUUACUGAAUGCAUCUUGAAUUAUCAGUGCACAAACCUGACCUCCAAGUGAUGCAUUUCCCACCCCCACCCCCAACAGAACUGGCAAUGCUAAACUUCCACCUGUGCAUGAAGAAGAUGAGGACGUGAACAGAGAACGGCAGAGGAUCAUUGGUGGCGGUGGGCAGAGCGAUAUCUUAGAAAUCAAAGAGCUAACCAAGGUGAGAAGACAAGCAAGAAGUUCUUUGGGCAUGCUGUGCAUAGGGAAGCUUGCAUUUCCAUUGUCACUGACGCAUGGGGCCUAGCAACCCACCUAAUGGUGCUGCUGUACAAUUUCCUGCUGAUGGAUGCCUGAAAUUAUGGAGCAAGUGUUGAUAGCGACUGUGGCGAUCACACAGGGUCCCCGGACGUUUCACCGUCUAUUGAUCCCUGCGCCACCACUUUAUUUAUCACUGCCACCAUCCAGGCCCUACCUGGUACAAUACUGAGUCCAGUCAGGGUUAAAUUGGAACAUAAACUUCUGUUUAUUUAUUGCAGUUUAACAAGCAAUAAAAUUGCAGUUUAACAAGUGUGGUUUCAUAAACGGUAUCGGUCAAUUACUAUCAUGGGGUGCCUAUCCAGACCUAUAACUUCCGCUACCUGCUCUCCCCCACCAAACCACCUCUCAGAUAUUUACUUGCCUUCCUAGCCCCUAACUGUUCCUGACUCAGCUUAUUUCGCUACACUAACUCAACCUACCCACAAACUCUAUCCCAAUUCACUCCAACCAACCACCCAACUCCCAACAAACUCCCCCUUUCGCCCCUCCCAGAGCUGGUUUUAUAGUCCCUCUGACUCCACCCCCCUGGGUUCUGAUUGGGUAACCUGUUUAACUAUUUCACCUCCAGCAUUCUCAUAUGUUAACGUCACAGCGACCAUUCCGUGACACCCCAAAUUCAUGGGGUUCAUUCUCUAUUUUCAUGCAUUCCCUAGAAUCAAAAGGGAUUGCCGCUGUUGAUAAUGGUCUGCAUUUCAAACAGAAAGUACCUCUCACUCACUGAAUCAACGUAUGAACAGGGCUAUGCUAUGCUAGCUCUGCCUCCCAGCACUAUGCACAUCAGAUGAUUGCCCUACUUCCUGACAUCAGUGCUGCUAGGGACAGAGACGGUUUUAGGGUAGCGUGACCAGUUCAACUGCACUAGGUGCCACAACAACAAUGCAGAACAGAGUGUGGGAGGGGUGUGUGUGCACCAAAUUUUAUCAUCACACAGAGUGCUGCUGAAAUUUGAGAGUCCAAAGUCUGCCACUACUAGGGAUUAGUUCAGGCAUAGGCAAACUCGGCCCACCAGAUGUUUUGGGACUUCAGUUCCCAUCAUCCCUGACCACUGGUCCUGUUAGCUAGGGAUGAUGGGAGUUGUAGACCCAAAACAUCUGGAGGGCCGAGUUUGCCUAUGCCUGGAUUAGUUGGUAUGGCCCCAUUCAUGAAUUCAUCGAUCACAUAAGUGCUUUUCCCCCAUAUACACUUGCUGGGAUAUGCCGAAUUUACAAACAAAUAGGACAAAAUCUGGAUGUCCUUUGAAAAACUGAACUGUAGGCAGAGGCCCUGCUACUGAUUUUGCCGAAGAAGAGAAAUGCACUGGUAGAGGAUGCAAAGCUUAGUUGUUGCCAGCUAUGAGCAAAUUUCUGUUCUUCCUUCCAGGUAUACAGAAUGAAACGAAAGCCUGCUGUGGAUAGGAUCUGCGUUGGAAUUCCACCCGGAGAGGUAAGAUUUCCAAGUCGUCGUUUGCAUGUAUUUAGUGGAACAUUGCUUAAGAUGCGAGGCGGGUGAGCUGUGGCUCUUCUCGGGGAGACUGGAAAUCCCACACAAACAUCUUCUACUCUGGCCAGCACAAGCUCCCUUGGCUUUAAAAAAAAAAAAGUAGCGGUUUCCCUGCCACGGAAUCUCCCACCAUUACCAGCUGCUGUGCCCAUGGCUCCUUCUGUUUUCAUGCAACAACACAAGGAAUGUGUGAGAGAUGAAUGGGGCAUGCAUGUGCUGAUCCGGUCUUUUUAAUCUUUGCAGUGCUUUGGACUCCUGGGUGUGAAUGGUGCUGGCAAAUCCUCCACUUUCAAGAUGUUGACAGGAGACACCGAUGUUACGGGAGGAGAUGCUUUCCUCAAGGGCAACAGGUAUGAAAAGAAAUGGCGGCUCCUUCUGCAGAAAGCCAUGUUUUUCAUGGGCCUUUCUGUCUGCUGUUGCACUUUCAGAGCAGAUGUGAUUUCAUUGCCACUCACAGCAAAAGUUGGUUUGGUCUGUGAGACUAGAUUGUGCUGCACUGUUGGGGCAGUGGCAUGCUCAUGGCUGCUGUAUGUAUUCUAUGCAAGGGAAGAACUUUGUAUUGGUCACACUAUUUAACAUCCUGAGAAACACCCAUUUUCAUUUAUUUAUUUUUUUAAAAACCUGAUUUUCUAGGCUGAGAAGUUCAGCUUGUCACAGCCAGUGAAAUCUGGGAAGCCAAUAGAAGGGAUCAGAAGGAUCUCCAGUGAUCAGAACACGGCUUAGGCCACAGCUGUGCGCAUGCCAAGAUUCUGAAGGGGUGCAGGGAAAGUGUAGAAUAUAAUAUUGGGUGCAUAACUUUUUGAAUGGUUUCUGUCCUAGACAUAAUCCCUGAGAACAAAUCCCACAGAACUCAAAGUGGGGCUUGUUUCAGCAGAGACUUGCACUGCAUGAAAUGAAAUUACAUUUCAUUGAAUAAAAUGAGACUACAGUGGUACCUCUGGUUACGUACUUAAUUCGUUCCAGAGGUCCGUUCUUAACCUGAAACUGUUCUUAACCUGAAGCACCACUUUAGCUGCUGCUGCCGCACCGCCACACAAUUUCUGUUCUCAUCCUGAAGCAAAGUUCUUAACCUGAGGUACUAUUUCUGGGUUAGCGGAGUCUGUAAUCUGAAGCGUAUGUAACUAACCUGAAGCGUAUGUAACCCGGGGCACCACUGUAGUCCUCAAGGUCCUCAAGUUUGCAAGUCCAUAACUUGCAACUGUAGGUGCUAAAAGUUUAGGAGCCUGGAUGGUGGCUGAAUAAGAUUCUCAGUUGUGGCUUUUGGUACUCUGCACAACUCUUGCCCCUCCCUAUGGCUAGAAAAACUAGGGUUAUGCAAAUGUGCUUUCACUUCCUAAUUUGAAUUUUCAUAUUGUUUGGCAGCUCUGUUCAUUAACAUGAGCCAGAAGGAAAGGCAUAGAAUUCAACACCAUGAUCACAAACUCUGUAUUGAAAUGCACCAUUUCCAAAAGUCUUGAUUGACAUUAGUAAGGUUGUUGCCAGCGGCACAAUUUUGUUGAACAGUCUGUUUAGCAUUUUCAAUACAUCCUUUUAAAAUGCUAACUUAAUUCCGUGUAGUGGUAUUUUUUUUUGUAUUAGCUGUCAACGUCUGAUAAUUCCCAAUUGGUUGGUGCACCACAACCCACCCUGUGCCAAACCACUAGCAAAACGCUCAAGAUCUGCAUCUUCUCUCGUUGCAGUAUUUUGUCUAACAUCCAAGACGUCCACCAAAAUAUGGGAUACUGCCCUCAGUUUGAUGCCAUAAACGAGCUGCUAACGGGGAGAGAACACCUGGAAUUAUUUGCACUCUUAAGAGGCGUCCCUGAGAAAGAAGUCUGCAAGGUAAAAAGCAUCAAGGUGGCAGGAGAUGGACCACCAGUGCUAAUUACUGCACCAAACUCCAUAGGGUUGGUGAUGAAGGGGAGGGAGCAAAGGGGGCAUUUAUCUCUGUUUGCUUUAAAGCAUUCAGGUAGGUAGCCAUGUUGGUCUGAUGCAGUCGAAAUAAAUAAAAAAUUGUCCAGUAGCACCUUGUUAUUGUUGUUGUUUAGUCGUUUAGUCGUGUCCGACUCUUCGUGACCCUAUGGACCAGAGCACGCCAGGCACUCCUGUCUUCCACUGCCUCCCGCAGUUUGGUCAAACUCAUGUUUGUAGCUUCGAGAACAUUGUCCAACCAUCUCGUCCUCUGUCAUCCCCUUCUUCUUGUGCCCUCAAUCUUUCCCAACAUCAGGGUCUUUUCCAGGGAGUCUUCUCUUCUCAUGAGGUGGCCAAAGUAUUGGAGCCUCAGCUUCACGAUCUGUCCUUCCAGUGAGCACUCAGGGCUGAUUUCCUUAAGAAUGGAUACGUUUGAUCUCCUUGCAGUCCAUGGGACUCUCAAGAGUCUCCUCCAGCACCAUAAUUCAAAAGCAUCACUUCUUCGGCGAUCAAUUCUUCGGCACCUUAGAGUAGCACCUUAGAACACCUUAGAGACCAACUAAGUUUGUUCUGGGUAUAAGCUUUCGUGUCUGCAUGCACAUGAAAGCUUAUACCCAGAACAAACUUAGUUGGUCUCUUACUUUAUUUAAAGUAAAUAAUUUUUUUAUUUACUUUAAAACAUUUCUAUCUUGCUUCACCAGAAGCAUGUGGUGGCUUGCAACAAUGAUCUAAAGCAGUAAGUAAAUGCACACACAAUAGGAAUGUUUGCAAAACAACAAUGCGGCAGCAAAGCCCAAUAGGCAUAACAUUCUGGCUGUGCCAUCAGCUCCCUUUGACUGGAUAUAGACAGUCACGUUUUUCAGAGGAUCAAAGGCAGCUUGAGAAAGAGGCCCCCCACUUAUUAUGAUGUACAGCAAGCCACUUACGCAACACUGGGCGUUUUUUGAAUUGUUUCCAACUGAACAGAGGCAGAAGAGGGUAAAAAGGAAGGUGCAAAUACACCGUGGGAAGUGAACUGAGCCACUUUCAACUUUCUUUAGAAACAAAACUAUCGCCAAGUCUCCAGCCUUAAAGAACCUGGAGGUGCUUCAGCCUCGUUUGCUGUGCUGAAUGGCCUGGAAUAUAUAACAGACUGAUAACACUAAGUAGGACUCUGGAGUCACAAACAGCAGCUUUUUAAAGCUGCACAGAGCCUGGAGGUUGUUCUUCUCUGUUCAUGUUGCCCUCCUAUCUGGCAGGUUGGUGAAUGGGCUGUUCGCAAACUGGGCCUCGUGAAGUAUGCAGAAAGAUGCGCCGGCACCUACAGCGGUGGGAACAAGCGCAAGCUGUCAACUGCCAUGGCCCUAAUCGGAGGGCCUCCUGUGGUGUUCCUGGUGAGUUCGGGUGUUGCUCACAUUAGCAAUGCGUAUUCUGCAAAAAGGCCAUUCUAGUACUAGUUCUUUUUUUCCCCUUUUUCAAUAUCAUUUUAUAAAUUUUCCAAAAUAAAUAAAUAACAACAAUGCAUUAAAAUAUCAACUGUGUAUAAAAAAGAGGGGGGAGCAAGUAUCAUGAACAAUUUUUAAAACCAUUAUUUCAGUUGAGUUCCCUCCACUCCCCUUCUUGGUUUCAUUGUUUAGUACUUAUUUAGUACUUAUUCAUGCCCGUCCAUGAAUAUAUUCUUAACAAUCCAAUUUUAAAACCUUUUCAUCUUAUUACAAGUGAGUUUUAAAAGUUAUACCAAUGUAGGAAUCUAUACACAAAAGCUUAAAAAAUAAAUAAAUACAUGCAUUAAAUAAUUGUCCCUGUUUGGGGUUUCAAAUUAUUUAAUAUGUCUGCUUUAUUUUGCCAAUCUUCUUUAUCUUCUUUGGUGAUCUAUAGGGAUGGGAUGGGUCUUGGCCUGGGAUCCACUCUCAGAUAUAGGAACCAAGUUCUUCUCUCAAUAAGUCCAUCAAAUCCUGUACAUCUCAGUAUCAUAACUUCAGGUUUUUUUUAACAAGAAUCAUUUUCCACAUUCUCUUCAAAUUUUUAUAUGUCUUUUCCCAGGCCUCUAGUACCAGUUCUUAAAUACAGUGGUACCUCGGGUUACAUACGCUUCAGGUUACAUACACUUCAGGUUACAGACUCCACUAACCCAGAGAUAAUACCUCGGGUUAAGAACUUUGCUUCAGGAUGAGAACAGAAAUCGUGCUCUGGCGGCGCGGCAGCAGCAGCAGCAGCAGCAGCAGGAGGCCCCAUUAGCUAAAGUCGUGCUUCAGGUUAAGAACAGUUUCAGGUUAAGAAUGGACCUCCGGAACGAAUUAAGUACUUAACCCGAGGUACCACUGUAGUAGUUAUUAUAAUGUCCAGCUGCCACGGGAAACAGCUCAGGGUCAAGGAGGCACUAAUGCAGCUGGUCUUUUAGCAAAACUGAUGGAAUGAGCCCUGCUUCAUGAUGGUUGAGGAAGGGAAGGCGUGAUGGAGCUUAUUAUCAUGAAAUGAUGCUCUGAGGAGCAAGAUCAGUGCUGAUUUAUUGUUUCUCAAUUGCAGGAUGAGCCGACCACAGGAAUGGACCCCAAGGCCCGCCGUUUCCUUUGGAACUGCGCCUUGAGUGUCAUCAAGGAGGGAAGGUCUGUGGUCCUUACAUCUCACAGGUAAGCGGCGUUGGGGGGCUCCUAGAUGCUAUUUGCAUCACACAGCAUAGUGAUGUGUUUCAGUCACUGUUUCGUUUUCAGUUGCAAGUGGAUUGUGACCAAAAAAAGGAGCUGUCAUCAUCUAGCUAAAGAAGCUGUUUAAAACGCCAUUUGAGUCCACUGGGAACAUAGAAUGGAUGCUAAAAUCCCUUUCAUCGAAAUGAAUGAGACAUGUUUAAUUUUGGCUGGAUUUAGUGUAAAUUAUACAAAAACUCCAGACAGACACACAAUGUGAAACAGAACACAGCAGGAUAUCCUAACAGUACUGAAUAUUCUUUUUUUCAUAUUCUUUUUUUAAAUUGAUUUUUAAAUUCAAGUUACAAAGCAUAGCCGUACAAGGAAAAAAGAGAGCUUAGUAGUUGUACAGAAAAUGAAGAAAAAUAGCAGCUGAUGGUAGCAGUUUCAGAUGUUAUAAUCAUAAUUAUUAUUUUUAUUCUUAAGUAUCAAGGUCUUGUCACUUAGUGGUAGAGCGCAUGUCUGUCCUGAGAUAUUUCUGUCUCAGCUAGGAGGGUGCCAAAGACCUGAAACUAGACCUGGCGCUGCUACCAGCCAGACUUGGCAAUACAGUGGUACCUCGGGUUACAUACGCUUCAGGUUACAGAUGCUUCAGGUUACAGACUCCACUAACCCAGAAAUAUUACCUCGGGUUAAGAACUUUGCUUCAGGAUGAGAACAGAAAUCGCGCGGUGGCAGCACAACAGCAGCAGUGGGAGGCCCCAUUAACUAAAGUGGUGCUUCAGGUUAAGAACAGUUUCAGGUUAAGAACAGACCUCCGGAACGAAUUAAGUACUUAACCCGAGGUACCACUGUAUUGAGCUAGCUAGAAGGACAAUUGUUCUCUCUUUUUAAAAGAACACAGCUUCUAGUGUUGAAGAUUCUAAAGCCUGCAUAUCCAGGUCUUCCUUUUGUUUGCGGCUAUAAAACUGUACCGUGCAAAAGUGAUUUCGCAAACUUGCCGGAACCUUUAUUUGCGCAAUUUAACUCACUUGUUCUCUUACCCACAGCAUGGAAGAAUGUGAGGCCCUGUGCACUCGAAUGGCGAUCAUGGUCAAUGGGCGGUUCAGGUGCCUUGGCAGUGUCCAGCACCUGAAGAACAGGUAAGCCACUGCUUUAUGCUUGUUGCCUUUGCACAGGUGGAUGCACCAAGAUAGCUCAUGAGAGAAUCCCCAGAAUCUGCUUCAGAAUAGAUUGCAUGCAGCCAACAAAUAGGUGUAAUUGUACUUAUUUUCAAGUCUGUUCUGGAUCAUCUGAUAAAUUAAUUGAUUACAUUUAUUUGCAUUUGUAUAAUAUCAAAACAACACCUUUUUUUAGUACCUUUUUGAAAAUAAUGAUGCUUUAGGUACCUUACAACUUAAUAAACAAAAGCAGUUAGGAGAAAAGGCCAUCAUUAAUGUGUGUUCCCCCCCGCCCCCCAAUCUCACACCAGAACAAAAUAGCCUCAAAAAAUAACCUGGUUGUCCUUACCUCGCUGUCCUGCAAUUUUAAAAUUAGCCCCGGUUGAUUAAUAAUCAAUUUAAACUUGGGGAGGCAUGCUAUGCCCACUUUGAACUUCCCUUGAACUCAAGCGGUUUGCUUCUCAGUACAGUGGUACCUCGGUUUAAGAACAGCCCUGUUUACAAACUGUUCGGUUUACAACUCCGCAAAACCGGAAGUAGUGUCCCGGUUUGCAAACUUUACCUUGGUCUACGAACGGAAGCCGAACAGUGGAAGGGCACCGGCGGUGGGAGGCCUCAUUCGGGAAAGCACGCCUUGAUUUAUGAAUGGCUUCCUUUUAAGAACGGACUUCCGGAACAGAUUAAGUUCGUAAACUGCGGUACCACUGUAGAUAUGUUGUACAGUCAUACGUCGGGUUGAAUGUGCUUCGGGAUGAGCGCAUUUGAGUUGCGCUCCGCGGCAACCCAGAAGUAACAGAGCGUGUUACUUCUGGGUUUCACCGCUUGCGCAUGCACAGACGCUCAAAAUGACAUCACACACAUGCGCAGAAGCGGCAAAAAGCGACGCGCGCGUGCGCAGACAUACUGUCGCUAGUUACAUUUGCUUCUAGAUGCGAAUGGGGCUCCAGAAUGGAUCCUGUUCACAUCUAGAGGUACCACUGUAUACAAUUGCACUGUUGGUUGAUUAGCCUAAAAGUUAAAUCAGUUGAAGCUCUCCUGCAUUCUACUUGUGUUCAUUCUACUUCUGUUAAGAUCUUUACCAAACACCUACUGUGUUUUUAAGCUACAGGAAUAAAAAACGCUCCAUUUUUCGAAGGCUACUCUGUUGAAAGUCCCACACUUUCCUCCGUUUGUUUUUUCCAGGUUUGGAGAUGGCUACACAAUCAUAGUGCGAAUAGCAGGGGCAAACCCUGACCUGAAGCCUGUUCAAGACUUCUUUGAGCUCGCCUUCCCGGGCAGUGUGCUGAAGGAGAAGCAUUGCAACAUGCUGCAGUACCAGCUGCCCUCCUCUCAGUCUUCUCUGGCUCGGAUAUUUAGCAUCCUCUCCCAGAACAAAAAGAGACUCCACAUAGAAGACUACUCCGUUUCACAGACCACACUUGACCAAGUAAGUUUACAGUGCCUCUCAUAUCUUAAGAGCAGAGCUCACACUGAGUGGAAACCCAGAGGCUCUUCAGUGACUUUUUGUAGGAUUUUUGAGUCCAGGAGAGUUCAGAGGGCCAGACAGGUAGGUCCAGAGAGUCACAUUUGGCCCUCAGGCAUCUGCCCUGGUGUAUCGUCAUGGAGAUGCCACAAAAAAAAGGGGCUCUUCUCCUUCUUGGACUAUUUCAGCCCUGGUCAUUGUAUGCAAAGUUAUCUAGCCCAUUCACCAUCAUGUUGCAAAGCACCACGUCGCUCCUCCAUAAUCUUUGGCACAGCUCAAACCACAGCUGGCAGAUGGAAGACAGUGUAACCCCUUUCACAGGGCCUAGCUGUGGAGGAACUCUGGGGAAUUAUUGUUCCAUGAGAAGCAUGGAGUGAAGUUCCAUACGCUUGUGGCUCACUUGAUGACCUACUUGCAUGUGUGGACCAGUUCAUGUCCCCUUAGAGCAGAGCUUUCCAAACUGCGUGUCACGACACAUUAGUGUGUCGGCUGCAGUGUGUAGGUGUGUCAGAACAAUAUGUGUCCAUAUCUCUUACAAGGGGUUAGUUGAACCUCCGGUUUGCUAGUAAAACUGAAUUACUGUGCCGCAAAAUGACGCAUGUCUGAAAAGUGUGUCACCAACGUGAAAAGUCUGGAAAGCUCUGCCUUAGAGUAUCUUUUGCCAGAACCUGAAGACCGGCCUUUUUUCUGUAUGCAUUUAAAUGUGUACUUUUCUGUUUGUUUUAAAUUUCUGCUUGUUUUAAUGUUUAACAGCUGUUCCGAUAAUUUUGCAUGUGUCUAUGUUGGGGACUGGGGAAGAGGAUUGGUAGAGACCACCUUCCCAUCCUGGCCCUUCUAGGGAAGGAGGAAGCGGAAGACAGUAUAGAUUUGCAACAGGGGUCUGCAGGAGGUCACAGCUCAGAGGCAGAUGAGCGGGAAAGUUGGGAAGUCAAGGGAGAGCCAGAACAACAACACCCAGCUGACACGUUCUCAUUAGAAAGCAUUCCAGACCCUCCAUCUCCCAGAACCCGGCGAGCCUUAGAAGUAGGAGAGCAAAGAGCUUAAAGACAGAGGGCACGUAGCGGCACCCAUAAUAAUAAUAAAAAUAAAAAAGUUUUAUUUAUAUCCCGCCCUCCCCAGCCGAAGCUGGACUCAGAGCGGCUAACAACAGUAAAAGUAACACAGUUUACAUAAAAUCACAAUCAAUUAAGAUGGUGAUGUAGAGAUGAUGAUGAUGAUGAAUGAGGAAGUGGGAGGGAUGGGGGGGUGCAGAUUCCAAUGCCAUUAUCAAAGAGGCUGAUUUCUAUAGCCUCUCUCUGUAAACACUGAAAUAAAAAAGGACGGUAAGAAAACUUUCCUUGUCUUUAUACUUUCCUGGACAACCAGCCGGGAGCCGCUGACAGCAUCCUGAUAGUAUAUUAUGAUGGUGUGCUUUGUUUUAUGUGUGUUGCAACCUGAUCUGGGUUCGAAAGUAGAACAGGACCCAUAGAAAUUAAUGGGCAUGACUAACUUUAGUGGGCAAAGCUUAGAGGGAUAUAUCCCAAUAAUAAUAAAAAUGUCAACAACUCAUCCUAGUCUUCCUCCCCUUUCCAUCUCUCAGGUAUUUGUAAACUUCGCCAAGGACCAAAGCGAUGACGACCACACAAAGGACUUGUCGUUGCACAAAAACCAGACUGUUGUAGAUGUCUCACUUCUGACUUCCUUUUUGAAAGAUGAAAAGGUGAAAGAAAGCUAUGUAUGA